UGCUGAUCAUCACAAUACUGUAAAUCCAACUUGCAUUCUAAGCAAAUCAGAGCCCCACCGCCGGAAACGUGAACUACAUUGCCCGCGUGAUCCUCUGGAGGGGGGGAGCGGGUGUCCCCUUUCAGAUGCAUGUCGGGACUUGUAGUCCAUCCUACCCCAGACCCCCUCUUCAGCUACAAGCCCGGGCGGGUUUCCCCGACUACGCUUCCCAUCAUCCUCCGGGGCGGCUCUGACGGCAAGAGGCGGUGGUUAAAAGAGCGGCGGGGCGGGCGCGGCCGGCUCAGUACCGCUGAGCCGUAGAACUCAGCGGUCGCCGGGGGAGUUUGCUGCGUCUCGUCUCUAGCGGGGUUUUAUCCAUCGGCUUCGAGGGGUGGGGGAGAAUCCCACGAACCCUCAGCAGCCAUGUCCGAUUCGGUAGGAGGAGGCGGCGGAGGAGGAGGGGGAGAGGACGGCGGGCUGGAGGUGACCGGCUCGGCGGUGCAGAACGUGGCGGACGUGUCGGUGCUGCAGAAGCACCUGCGCAAGCUGGUGCCGCUGCUGCUGGAGGAUGGCGGCGAGGCGCCGGCCGCGCUGGAGGCGGCGCUGGAGGAGAAAGGCGCCGUGGAGCAGAUGCGCAAGUUCCUCUCCGACCCGCAGGUCCACGCCGUGCUGGUCGAGCGCUCCACCCUCAAGGGUGAGUCGGCAGCCCAGAGACACCCCAGUCCCACCAGCCCCGCCCGACCGCUGCGUGUUUCAGGGCGGCGGCUUCCCCGCUCGCUUUCUGCGGGAGGCCGGGGCCUAGAGGUUUUCCCUUCCAGCUGGGGAUAAACAAGGGAGGAGCAGCGGAGGAGAAGGAGGAGGAUGGAGAGAGGGGUGGGGCCGCUGGGGAAGACGGAGGCUGCCGAUGCCGCCGCUCCCUCGGCUGUCAAAAUGGCGGCGCCGCUUUGUCUUCAGGCUGGCGGGCUGAGGGAGCCCGUCCUUCACCGCCUUUAAUCUCUCUCCCCCCCGCCCCUUCGCCAGCACCAGGAAUAAAUCUAUUUCCCCGCACAUCUGCCCUCUCCGUGGCCUGAUCCGGCAGUCUCCUCAUCAACGCAUCUUCCUCUUCAACCAGGCCUUGGGCUGAUGAACCAUCACUUUCAAUGUGGGAGGGGAGCGGGGUUGGUUGUUGGUUGGGUUUCUUACUGUUUUCGUUGUGGUUUUUUAUUCUUUAUGGUUUUGUUCUGUACUAUUAUUUUUUUAUGCUGCGAACCUCUUCAGGAUCUUCGGGUGACAGGCAAUAGGCGGAUCUAAUAAAGAAUAAUGGUAUAUCUUACCUAGAUCUGCGUGAGUAAAGCCUUGUUUUGCAAGUCGAUGCAGUGACCCUCAGUGCCACAAAUAAAACAGUUAAAGUCAGGCCAUACCUGCCUGUGUGGAGCUUGCACAGAUAGGAAGCUGCCUCACACCAUUUCAAAUUAUUUCUGUUUAAUGUGGGUGCACUGGCGUUAUCUAUCCUCGUUCUUCUCAAAACACGCACACACCUGCCAACUGAGGCGGAGGUUUCAUGCAUCUGGGCUCUCAUCCAUGCUAUCACCUCACGCCAUAAAAGAAUGAAAUAUUUAGGAUGCAGCGAGGCUUGUUUUUGCUGCAACACCGCUCUGGAAAUUGUCACAUGCUUCUUUGUUGACCAGACAGGCAGAGGAUCUUUGGGGAUUCAGGCGGAGUGAGGCCUUUCCACAUGUAAAAUGAGCAUGAUCGCUGGGUUAAUAGUCCAAGGUACAGCACACAGUAGUGCUCUGCUUGCGUGAGAGGAAUUCCCAGUGUGGGAUUGACUUCUUCUGAGCACUGUGAUGCAGAGUACGCAGAAGGUGGAUAGUAGGCUUGCCAAGUUGCCAGGAAGACAAACCACCAUCUGGUUGGCUUCUAUGCCUUUGACAACAGCUUGGUGUGCCAGAAUCAGUAGGUGAAGCUUUUCCUGGCAUGGAGAUAAACAGGGUUGCUGUUUCUUGCCUGACUGUCAAGCUGAUGUUAAAGGCAAAGGUAAAAGCCAGUUAAAAAAACUGACAACCCUGGGUUCAAAGGCAAAGUGACAGUGCUUCACUUUCACAGGGUUGCUAGGUUAUCUAUAUUGGCACAUUACACUAUUUUCUAAUCCACUUUCACCCUCUCAUCAGGAACUAGAUUCCAUGCAUUGCUUGGGGUUGGACUAGGUGACCAUUGGGUUUCCUUCCAACCAGUGUUAGAAACUCCGAUGUAUAUGCCAAAUUGCACCUUAGACCUACGUUGUCUCCAGAACGGAAUGUCUAUGUGCCUUUUCCCCCUUUUUGCAAUGAGAUUUAUUAUUAAUAUUCAUUUCAUUUCUAUACCACUUUAUAUUUUAAAGAAAAAAAAUCUUGAAGUGGUUUACAGCACAUUAAAACAUCGAAUAAAACAAAUUCCAGGCCUGUGACAUUUUGUUUCCCCCACAUUUAUUUACCUACUUAUUUUAUAUAGCUGCCCCAUAGCAGAAGAACUCUGGGAAGCCAGUGUGGUGUAUGUUGCAGGCAUGGCCAGACUUGGCCCUCCAGAUGUUUUGGGACUACAGUUCCCAUCAUCCCUGAUCACUGGUCCUGUUAGCUAGGAAUGAUGGGAGUUGUAGUCAAGUUGGGCCAUGCCUGGUUUAGAGCAUCUGACUAGGACCUGGGAAUGAGGGCUCAUGAAGCUCAUUUGUUGACCUUGGGCCUGUCACAGCUUCUUAACCUACGUCUCAGGGUCAUUGUAGGGAUUAACUGAGGGGAUAAAUCAUGUACUCCUUGGAUAAAAAGGUGGGCUGUAAAUGUAAUAAAUUUUUCUUGUAUGCUUAAGAAAGCUGGAGCAUCCAGCCAGAUGAAGAUGUCAGUUGCCAACCUGGCAUCCAGAGAUAUCCAUGUGGUCAAAAUUGGACCCACUAGCAAAACGCACCUGGCACCUGGGGAAUUUCUAACACUGCUUCCAACUCUACAUUUCUAUGUAGAACUGCACUGAGAAUGACAAAUGGUGACAUUCUGGUUCACUUCGUCUUAUCUCCAAUUGUCCUUUGGCAGAACUGGACAACAUGGAUACCAUACUCUUUUGGCUUAUAGGUUGUCAACUAGAAGGGUAGACCAGUACCUGGGGCUUGUUGGGUGGCCGUUAAUUGUAGAUCCCAUGCUUCCAUGUAUGGGAGGAUUAGCCUAUUUGCUUCCACUCACAUCUUCCCUAGUUCCCUACAGAUUGGGCAAGUAGUAAGCACAGGAUCAUUCUAGUCUUCAACCCCUUCCUCUCUUGGUCAGCAAACACCAUAAGUCUCCUUGUAGAGAAAAAUAUGUGUUGCGUGUCAGAUCUUCUGCUAUGUAUGUCUUUGUAGGAACUUGAGGUAUAAUGCCAUAAGGAAGUACCAGUAUGUCUGUUCUUGCAUGCAGGGGCCAUGUAUUUCUAAAUUCAUUUGUUGAAGGCAUUUUUAGGACAUGGAAGAAGGGCCUCAGAGGAUGAUCUCGGGGUCUAGGUAGGUUCAUAUGGAGAGAGGUGGUCCUUGAGGUACUGCGGUCCUGAGCCGUUUAUAUAGCAAGGGAAGCAUGGUACUUUCUGGGUAAGCCAUCAUUCUAGACGGUUGGUGGACUUUUUAUUUCGAUCAUGCUAUCAGUCAUAGCCUGCCAAUGGUCGGGAUCUGCAGUUGUGGUCCAACAACAUCUGAAAGGCCACAGGUUUGUUAUGUACGGUUCUCAAGAUGUAAUGUCAAUAAUCCCAGCACUCCAGCUACUGUAAUUGCAUCUCCUCUGCCAUUCUCCAAGCUGGCUGGGGUAUAUGAAUGUGCGUGGGUUGUUGUUGUUUUUAAGGCAUGCUGAUAAGAUUACAGACGGCUCUCAGUUUAUAUUGGGAUUACAUUCCAGGGAUAGUGCCUAACACCAAAAUUGCAUAUAGUUGGGUUCAAUGGCAGGUGGGAUUGCUAAAGUAUUUUUUCCUCUGACGUCCACCCCCUUUUUAUUUUCUAAUUUUACCAAGUGCAUAAAGUUAAAUGUGCAUAAGUUGCAAGUUACCUGUACUGUAGUCAGCAGUAUAUCGCAGUCCGAAAGGAAAACGUCUCUACAUAUACAGUGGUAAGAUGUUGAUUGGCUACUAGUGUAAGUUUGGCCUUUGGAAAGCUUUUAGUGAAUUAUUGAGAUUUUGCAUCAGCUUCAGUCUGGCCUUUUUGGAAAGCUUUUACUAUCAGCUACUGUAGACGGAGGUUUUCUAAGUAUUAUUUGUAUCUAUAAUCUUCUGCAAGAAUUUGCUGUUGGUAAGCACCCUGCCCCCACUUCUGAACAUUAUUAAUCCCUCCCCAGGAGGUGCUUCCCAUUUUCCAAACAUUAACUCUGUUGGUAGGAUUUCUCAGUGCCCAGGUGUCACUCAGAAAGACAGCCUGGCCUGCUUGCUGAGUUCUGCUGGCUGCUUAGAUAAACAAGAGAACCUUUGUAGAGGACUGAGCUAUGUAAAUUUAAACAUAAAAAGUAUAAUAUUUGUUUUAGAUAGACUAGAACUAGAGAGCUUAUUGGGAUAGCUAACAUCGUGCCUUCCAGAUGUUUGAGACUGAAGCACCUAUCAGCCCUAGUCAGCAUGGCCCGUGAUAGAUGAUGGGAAUUGGAGUCUGAAAGUGCACCAUGUUGGCUACCCCUGGCAUAGAUAUCUUAUUGAAGUCCCUGAGCAAUAAUAGUUAUUCCAGGCUAGGGUUACCAUAUUUCAAGAAGUAAAAACCUGGUCACCCUGCAAAUUUCCGAUUGACUUGCCUAAGAUCCAGGACAAAGCGCCACCUUUUGGAAAUUCCCCCCAGAUGUCAAUUCCAUCUUUGAAAUCCCUGUAAUGUCUGAGAAAAUCCAGACUUAUAGCAGCCAUAUUCUAGGCCCUAGCAUAACUUUCUCUGUGGUUCAUGAGCAGCUUUAAUGAGUGUAAACAGACCAAUUGUAAUUCCAUGACUAAAUCAUAGUCCUGGAAUAGUUCUAAUGAUUCCCCCCCCCCUUGUGAACUAUUAGUUUUUUGUGGGUGAUUGCCUACUAAGUCAUAUACAAAUUUAAUAAUAAAUAAAUGGACCAUUAAGUUUAUUGAUUUCAAUGGGUCUACUCUAAGCAUGAAUUAAUUGGCUGUCUCCCUGUAUCUUUUUGAUAGGCAAUGUGCCUGAAGAGUUUGGGUUGUAGUACAGAUAGUGUAGCAGUUGCUAAUGCAAUGUUAAAUAUAAACCAAAGAGAGCUCUAUGAGUCUUACUGGAGCCCUGAUCAAUAUAGUGCAUCCUAGUUGUUAAUAUUGAUUCGUUACAUCAUUGCCAUUUGCUCCUGAAAAACUUGCAGGCUUAAACAGUGGCUUAUUGUUGAGAUAAAUGCUUCCAGCUUCUCGAGAUCCGAACUGUAAGGUCAUUUGUAUGUUGCGCUCAUGUGUAUGAGUGCACAUAGAUCUGUACACAUAAAAUGUAACUCUUCCUUGACACAAUUUUUUAAUGAGCUUUUCACUUCUGUUGUGGGAGGCACUACACUGUUGUUGCAAAACUUUUAAAUGUUGUGUGUGGGUGACUUUUUGAAAGAACAGUAGUAUUUGUACAACGUGAAGGAGGUAGAUACUCCCACAUAUUCCUGCAUAUUCUUUCUCCCUCAUCUAAAGAAGUUUUUGAAAUAGUAUAGUUUUGAGGCUGAAAACAAAUAACGUGUCUGUCGGAGAAAUCUAUAUUGUGUGUCCUAAAGACACUCUUCUGGAAGCAGUGUUGUACAGUUUAAGCCACAUAUUGAUGUCUUGAUUGAUUCAAAUCUAUUCCUCAAAUUGAAUGUCAACUAUGGUGAAAUGUAUCUCUAUUUUACUUUUUACUUUUUAUAUUAAUUGCAAAGCAAACCCUGAUGCCUUUGCAUAAGAUUUGGAGAAAAGGACACAUGCUUGCAGAAGCUUACAUUUUGGCAGCAUUUGCUACAGUAUAGUUUCUCCUGGAAAAGGGCUAUGACUUGAGAAGUACCAAGGUUGCUGCUGUUUAUAAUCAAGCUUUGUGGAAAUUGAUGCUUAUUGAAAGUACACAGCGCAAAGGUUUCACAGUUCUUGACAGCAACUUUAUAAUGGAAAAAUAGUGCUUUUUUUUGGCUGAUAUUAUAAGGAAUGCAUACAGUUCUCUUUAUUACAGGGUUCUUUCCUGAAAAGAUCUAUUCUUUGUCCAGUGCACUUUCUCUUUCUGUUCUCCUGUUUGGGUGUGCCUCUUAGAUGGAAGAAUUGCUGUGCUGCAUUGCAGUGGUUUCAUUGCUGUAGUGUUGGCAGCUAAAGCAGUGACAUCAUCCUCUGAAUCAUCGGUUAUUAACAGGGCUCUUCCCUUUUUAUCUUAGUUCUUCUGCUAUUUUUAUAUAUAAUAUAUAUCUUAAAUUCAGACUGUUUGAGGAAGCUGACUGCUUUUAAAUAAAUCUGAUUUCCUCUCAAUAUGAGAAGAACUGGAUUUUGUUGAGAAGCCGGAGUAGGCUAACAUAGAAUAAAGGGAAAGAGAGAGGUUUUUGGGCAAUAAAGUUAAUGCUAAUGAAUUCAUCUAGCUUCAGAGUCAUGCAUUUUGAGGGAUACAAGGCUGCAGCCCUUGAAGCAAGCCUCAAAGCAAGACUUAAUUUGAGUAGAUAUGUUUAAGAUUAAGUUGUGUUGUGUGUCUAAAUAUUUAGGCAUUCUAACUUGAAUGUAAAGUUCUGAACAUGUGGCUCAUAAAGGAAAUGAGGGGAGAGGACAUAAAAAUAAUAAAAAUUUCCUAAUUCUUUACAGAGGAUGUUGGUGAUGAAGGAGAGGAAGAGAAGGAAUUUAUUUCCUAUGGCAUAAGUACUGACAUUCAUUAUGGGAUGAAGUCAAACAGGUGAGUCGAAUCUGUGUCUCUUCUGACACAGCCGUUCACUUGAUGCAAUUGUGGGACUGAAGAGGAAUUCUGAGAUUUAGGAAAAAGCUCUCUUGGUAGGAAAUUCUCACCUGGGCCAAUGUUAGUUGGGCAGGAAGAGUUGAAUGAGAGCCAUGCCCACUGACUGAUAGAGGCCUUUCGUAUGACUGCAGAAUCUCUCUGCCAUCUUCUCCUACUGUUCCUGCCUGCUCCACCAAUUUUCAGUGCUCACAUAAUGUAGAAAUGUUGUUCCUUCUUUCUAACUGGGAAGUUCAAAGUGAAGGAGAGAGCGAGAGCUAUGCUUUCUGCCUGAGUGCCUCUUUCUCCCUCGUGAUCCCGAUUGUGACAAAAAAAACCCACCAAAAAAACCAAGGCAGAUAUUUAAAAGGGGGUGGGGACCAUAACAACAACAACAACAACGAAAAAGAACAAAAACAAUUUUAUUACUUAUAAGCCACCCAUCUGACUGGGUUGCCCCAGCCACUCUGGUCGGUUCCCAGCAAAAUAUUAAAAACACAAUAAAACAUCAAACAUUAUAAAUUUCCCUAUAAGCUUCUAAAGAGACGAGGUUAGUAAUUUCCAUGAGUGUGCAUACAAUAUUUUUUUCCUGAAUUCCCCACCCCACCCCGCAAAUUUGGUUCACACCAAAUUCUGGACCAAGCCACUGGUUGGCAUUUCUCUUCUGAGCAUAAACCCAUGGUCUUGACUCUGGAAAGACAACCUGGGGACAUCUGAUUUUCUGCCUGGGGAGUGCCUUCUGACAGCAGAUGCAGUCAUGAGCAAGGCUUACUCAUGAGUAGAACUACAAACAGGAAGAACCUUAGCUAACUGUUUACUGUAGAGCCCAAGCAGAUGAUCUUGCAGAUUGAUCUGUGAACUGUAUAUCUGCAAACAGAAGAAAGCAAGUACAUGGCGAAGGGGGAACAGAAAGGAAAAGCUUCUUUCCUCCUUUUCUUGGAAAAGAGCUUCCACCUGAAAAUAUAGUUGAUACUACAAGGCAGAAUUAAACCAUGUCCCUGACUCUUCACUCCCUUAGCCCUGUGACACCCCAUUCACAUUGCAUCCUCAUUCUGCAUACAAGGGCAUAGAGUCUGGGUAGGCAAGAUUUUACCCAUGUAAAAUACCAUAUUCCUUCAAUCCUAAUCAUUGAAACUUUUCUUUCUUUUAAAAUGUUAGGAAAACUUUAAAUAUCUAGAACUUCAAGUCUAGAAAUAAGACUCCUCCUAAAAAAGUUAAUGUUCAUUAAACCACAGUUACCUUGUGAACCCCAAAAUACAUAUGUUCUCAGGUUAAAUUGAAUAGGUACUUAAUAUUAUUUCUUUGGUUUACAGUUUGGCAUUCAUUAAACGAGCACCAGUAAUUGAUGCGGACAAGCCUGUGUCCUCACAGCUCAGGGUGCUUACCCUCAGUGAAGACUCCCCAUAUGAAACUCUGCAUUCCUUCAUCAGCAAUGCUGUUGCUCCCUUCUUUAAGUCCUACAUCAGAGAGUCUGGCAAAGCAGACAGGUAACUACUUUCGUUCAUGUAAUUUCUAGCCGUUGUGUACAUGCAGGAAUAAAAGAUGUGCAGAGGAAGGAAGAUAUAACUGGAAAGUAGAUGGUGGUCAAGAUCCUAAGAGCUUUGUGUGUAUGUUGAAGCACAUGUCUGUGUGGAUUAGGGCUUCCCCAAGCUUUUCUUCUGACUGCAGCUUCUCUGCAUUAGAGGCCUGCUCCCAAAGAUCCCCAGAGAUUAGGGAGCAGCUUGCCAAACAACAUGGGUAAUAUUGAACUAUGUUAAAUUGAACCUCAUUGGCUAGCCCUUUGAAAUCUUAGCCUCACAUGCUAGCUUAAGAAAUUUGAAAAAUGGAAAUAUAUGUUGUCUUUAUAAGGUGGGGAGGGCAGCCGCAUGCACAUUAAUUGUACGUGACUCUGUGUGGUGGAUUUUCCUUUGGCUCACUUCCGUGUUCCCUCAGGGAUGGCGAUAAAAUGGCUCCCUCAGUUGAGAAAAAAAUUGCAGAGCUCGAAAUGGGACUUCUUCAUCUGCAGCAAAACAUUGAAAUCCCAGAGAUUAGUUUGCCAAUUCAUCCGAUCAUUACCAAUGUUGCUAAGCAGUGCUAUGAGCGUGGAGAAAAGCCGAAGGUUACUGAUUUUGGUGAUAAAGUUGAAGACCCAACUUUUCUCAACCAGCUGCAGUCUGGAGUUAACCGGUGGAUUAGAGAAAUCCAAAAGGUAAAUUCGAAAAAGACGUUUAGUGUUCAAGGGAUGUUCAGUUUCCCUCUCUAGUUCGUUGUUGGAUACCUUCCCAAUUGCAUAUUGUUAAAGUGAGGAUGAAAUCUUCAUCCUUGGAAUUGCAUGUUCUUAAUUUAAAAAUAAGAACCAGUUACACAUUUUACUUUCCUAUAUCUUUCCAUUAACUAUUUUAUGUGUAGCAGUGUGAACACACUCGGGUACAUUAUUUAGCAGUUUUAUUUUUUUAAAUAAACCCUUCCGUCUACUUUGAGAUAAUCUCUCUGAAGCUGAUGAAUGUAAGUAAUCCAUAGAUUAAUAUUUUGGAGAUGGGAGAUAAUGUCUAUAUAACCAAAUGGUCUUAUAGUUUACAUUGAGACUCCUUAAUAUUUAGGAUUGCCGCUGUAGAGUUGGAAUCAGGUUUUCAUUUGCAGCUAAGUCCUUUUCUGUACAUAGGUAGGACUAUGCUCAGUUCCAGUCAGGCAACAUCUUUUUUUGCUCUGCCCUCUGUUUACAUUGCCAAGUAGUUAGAACAAAGCAGGAUGGAAAUGUGGUUCAGCAGGCAGUAUGAUCAUAUGGUUAUGCCUUCACUUGUAUUGACUCCACCAUUUGUUGAACAGUAGAAGCCUCAUUACCCUCUUUACCAAUUUUCAAGGUGACCAAACUAGAUCGGGACCCUGCAUCAGGCACUGCUUUGCAAGAAAUCAGCUUUUGGCUAAACCUGGAACGUGCUCUAUACCGUAUUCAGGAGAAGCGUGAAAGCCCUGAAGUCCUCUUAACUUUAGAUAUCUUGAAGCACGGCAAACGCUUUCAUGCUACUGUCAGCUUUGAUACAGACACAGGUAAGAGCUUAUGGAAGCUGUCCAGAAACAGAAUUUUUGCAGGGCUCUAGCUGUUGUAGCACAUUUACAUUAACACGAGCCAAGUGAUUAAAUGCUUUUAAAUGUUUGAAAAAGUGAAAUCGGCUUUCUCUUCUACCAUCUAGGUCUAAAACAGGCAUUGGAGACAGUAAAUGACUACAAUCCAUUGAUGAAAGACUUCCCUCUAAAUGAUUUGCUGUCUGCUACUGAACUGGAUAAAAUAAGGCAGGCAUUGGUUGCAAUAUUCACCCACCUGAGAAAAAUCAGAAAUACAAAGUAUCCUAUUCAACGAGCGCUGCGCCUGGUGGAGGCCAUUUCAAGAGACCUGAGUUCUCAGCUACUCAAAGUGUUGGGGACACGGAAAUUGAUGCAUGUUGCCUAUGAAGAAUUUGAGAAGGCAAGUCUUGCAUUUAGAUCCUUAUGGGAUCAGUGUGGGGUGGGAACUUGAGCUAAACUUUUGGAAAGAAUUACAGCCACAUUGCACUCCUCCUUGCUAACUGAAGCCUUAGCAUUGGAAUAGGUAGUAAAAGGUAGAGAUGUGUGAUGACACUACCUUACAAUUCUUUUUUAAACAACCUUUGGCCCUGUAUACCUGAAGGAGCAUCUCCACCAUCAUCAUUCAGCCCGGACACUGAGAUUAAGCGCUAUGGGCCUUCUGGCAGUUCCUUCACUGCGAGAAGUGAUGUUACUUGGUAGUGGUGCAUGCCCUGUGGAAUGCCCUCCCAUCAGAUGUCAAGGAAAUAAACAUUUGACUUUCAAAAGACAUUUGAAGACAGCCCUGUUUAGGGAAGUUUUUAAUGUUUGGUGUUUUAUCAUGUUUUUAAUAUUCUGUUGGGAGCCACCCACAGUGGUUGCGGCAACCCAGUCAGAUGGGCGGAUGUUGUUGGUCAUAAUACCAAAGUCAUUGUUUGGUGCAAUAUAGUUUUUUCUACUCUUUCAUAGGGACGUAGGUGGCACUGUGGGUUAAACCACAGAGCCUAGGACUUGCCGAUCAGAAGGUUGGCAGUUCGAAUCCCCAUGACGGGGUGAGCUCCCGUUGAUCGGUCCCAGCUUCUGCCAACCUAGCAGUUCGAAAGCAUGUCAAAGUGCAAGUAGAUAAAUAGGUACCGCUCUGGCAAGAAGGUAAACGGCGUUUCCGUGCACUGCUCUGGUUCGCCAGAAGCGGCUUAGUCAUGCUAGCCACAUGACCCGGAAGCUGUACGCCGGCUCCCUUGGCCAAUAAAGCGAAAUGAGCGCCGCAACCCCAGAGUCGGCCACGACUGGACCUAAUGGGUCCCUUUACCUUUACUCUUUCAUAAUCUACCAGUCCAUUCUCCCCACCCCACCCCCCCGCCCCCGGCAAAUAAAGUUUGGAGGCAGAUCUAUCAUCACAUCCUUAGUGAACACAUACAAUAUACAGAAUUUGUGUGAUGGAGCAUGAUGUUCAGUGACGGUGUUCAACUCUCUUUCAGGUCAUGGUUGCAUGCUUUGAGGUCUUCCAGACCUGGGACGAUGAAUAUGAGAAACUGCAAGUCCUACUGAGAGACAUUGUGAAAAGAAAGAGGGAAGAGAAUCUGAAAAUGGUGUGGCGCAUCAAUCCUGCUCACAGAAAGCUCCAGGCUCGUCUUGAUCAGAUGCGGAAGUUUCGACGCCAACACGAACAACUGAGAGCAGUUAUCGUAAGAGUGUUAAGACCACAGGUAAGUACAACGGCUGGUGCCUUUUUUUAGAGACUUGGGUUGUGAUUUGUUAGAAUGGAACUAGUCCAUUCGAAGUAAGAACUUACUCUUGUCUUGACCCAGACUAUUUUCACCUAGAACACUUUCCACGAAGCAAGCUGCCCCUCAUUUGCAAGGAACGGUUUAAAUCCAUUUCCAAAGGAAUUGCUUCAGUGCAAGAGAGCUCCCCCUACUGGUUCUUAGGAUAAAUGCUAAAACGAAAAGCUUGAUAGUCAUUGAAUUAUGAUUACAGUGGUGCCCCGCAAGACGAAUGCCUCGCAAGACGAAAAACUCGCUAGACGAAAGAGUUUUCCGUUUUUUGAGUCGUUCCGCAAGACGAAUUUCCCUAUGGGCUUGCUUCGCAAGAUGAAACGUCUUGCGAGUUCUUGCGAGUUUGUUUCCUUUUUCUUAAAGCCGCUAAUAGCCACUAAGCCGCUAAUAGCCGUGCUUCGCAAGACGAAAAAACCGCAAGACGAAGAGACUCACGGAAUGGAUUAAUUUCGUCUUGCGAGGCACCACUGUAUCAAGAAACACAUUAAAAGAGGCCCUGAAAAUCUGGCUAACAAGUGAGCUAGUGAGUGAAAUAACCACGGCUGCUGGUUGUUGAACAUUUGUUAGGGGAAGAGGCCAUGUUGCUGUGUGUUCUUGGUAGUGUGAUUACUACUGCUGUUGCUUAAUGGUAUCUUUUUAUCUUUUUAGGUGACUGCAGUACCCCAGCAAAAUCAGGGAGAGGUACCUGAGCCACAGGAUAUGAAAGUAGCAGAAGUGCUGUUUGACGCUGCUGAUGCCAACGCGAUUGAAGAAGUAAAUCUUGCUUAUGAGAACGUUAAAGAAGUCGAUGGCUUGGAUGUUUCCAAAGAAGGCACAGAGGCCUGGGAAGCUGCAAUGAAGCGUUACGAUGAAAGAAUCGAUAGAGUUGAGACCCGCAUUACUGCUCGCCUAAGAGACCAGCUGGGCACAGCAAAGAAUGCCAAUGAAAUGUUCAGGAUCUUCUCCAGGUUCAAUGCUCUGUUUGUCAGGCCCCACAUCAGAGGUGCCAUCCGUGAAUACCAAACCCAGCUGAUUCAGCGUGUGAAAGAUGACAUAGAGUCGCUUCAUGACAAAUUCAAAGUGCAGUAUCCACAGAGCCAGGCUUGCAAAAUGAGUCAUGUUAGAGACUUGCCUCCAGUAUCGGGGUCUAUAAUCUGGGCGAAACAGAUUGACAGGCAGCUGACAGCCUACAUGAAGCGUGUUGAAGAUGUCCUUGGGAAGGGUUGGGAGAACCACGUAGAGGGCCAAAAACUGAAGCAGGAUGGAGACAGCUUCCGUAUGAAGCUCAACACCCAAGAAAUAUUUGAUGAUUGGGCCAGGAAGGUUCAGCAGCGUAACCUUGGUGUCUCCGGCCGCAUUUUCACCAUCGAAAGCACUCGUGUUCGAGGCCGAACAGGGAAUGUCCUCAAGCUGAAGGUCAACUUCCUCCCAGAAAUAAUCACCCUGUCGAAAGAAGUCCGCAACCUUAAGUGGCUAGGGUUCCGGGUUCCUCUCGCAAUAGUCAACAAAGCUCACCAAGCAAAUCAGCUCUAUCCUUUUGCUAUUUCUCUGAUUGAAAGCGUCCGUACAUACGAACGGACCUGUGAAAAGGUGGAAGAACGGAACACCAUUUCCCUCUUGGUUGCUGGGCUAAAGAAGGAAGUGCAGGCUUUGAUUGGGGAAGGAAUUGCUCUAGUGUGGGAAUCGUACAAACUGGACCCAUAUGUCCAACGGCUGGCAGAGACAGUCUUCAACUUCCAGGAAAAGGUUAAUUUUCUUUGAAGUUUAUUAUUGGGAUUUGGGUUUUUUGCAGUGCAUGAUUUAUCAAUAAUGUAUUGCUUCAAUAAAGAAACCUUGGAGAACUUGCCAUUCAGCUGUUCAGUAGCCAUAGUGCCAACACUCUAAAGCUGGCCUGGCAGGAAAGCCUCAUGCUACAAUGGAUUUUGAUACAGCCUUUUUAUAAAAUAUUUCAGUCAACUAGAAGUAAGGCAGCAUUGACUCUAUAUAACAGGUUAUAGUAUUUUUUGUCAAAACCUUAUUAGUACAGUAUUACAUACCAGACAGGAUGUCAGUCUAGUUAGUGAAAUCAAUACUUGAAAAUGCAGUUUUUAUUUGCAUUGUAUUCAAAUGCAGUGAUCCUGAGAGUAAAUAACAACUUACCACUGCUAAUAUGCAUUCACUUGUUUGUCUAAAUUCUGAAUCCACUGGGGGUAAUGAUAUAUUAGACUUACAUGUUGGAAAGGCAACUUAGACAUUUGUUAAUGGGUGGCUUUAUAGAGAACAAUCAUUUUGCAUACUGAAACUGAGCUUUUAAGACUGUUUUCAUUUCUGCCUUUUAGGUGGAUGACUUGCUCAUCAUUGAAGAGAAAAUAGACCUGGAAGUCAGAUCCUUGGAAACUUGCAUGUAUGAUCACAAAACCUUCUCCGAAAUUUUAAACAGAGUUCAAAAAGCUGUGGAUGAUUUGAAUCUUCAUUCAUAUUCCAAUUUACCCAUCUGGGUUAAUAAAUUGGAUAUGGAGGUAAGCUUUGCAAGUGGUUACUGGGACAAGAUAGCUGUAUUUCUUAAUAAGUUUAAUUUUAAAGUUAUCUAGUUUGAACACUUGAGAGAUUUUGAGUUAAAAGCCUGCUGGAAGUUAACAGUUUCCGAAUAUAGCCCAUCAUCUUUCACGGGAUGCAGAGUCCAGCUGCAAGGCUACAAAUGUGUGUGAUACUAAAACAAUAGGCUCAGCAGUAAUGCCUAGCAUACUUCUGCAUUAUUGUUGCUGUUAAUUAAAUUUGUAUACCACUCUUCAUCUAAAUAUCUCCAGGCAGUUGACAGCCUUGUAUGAAAGUAUGUUGUCAGCUGGUGCCUAAAAGGUAUAAGAGCCAAUGACAGCUGUACAGGCAACUCCCCAUUUACGUGUGUUCCAAGGCAUACAUGACCAUCCACACACACAUCACCGCAAUCCCAGAAGUGGCAAAAAGGAGGGGGGAAACGGCCCUAAAAUCAUGAAAAUUGUAUCUAGCAAUCCCACGAGCCUUUGCACCGACCUUUGAGGCCUGUGGAGAGUUGGGAGUUUAAGCAGGGAGUUUUGGAGGCAGCAGUUGUGGAGUUUGGCGCAUUUUUGGUUUUUAAAAGGUUUCCAGAUGUUUAGAGGAUGUUUGCAGGCUUGUUCCCAAUAUACACGAUUUCAAUUAAAUGCAUGGUACCUUGGGACGUAACCCACCACAUAAAUUAGGAGUUGCCUAUAUUUCAGACGAGAGGGAGUUCCAUAACUGGGGUGCUGCCACUGAGAAAGCCCUGCUUUGCAGUACCACAUAAUGAACUGCUGACAGCUGAGGUACCACAGGGAGUACCUCCUCUCCCACCCACCACAGAUCUCAGUACAUAGGUGGGGCUGUGUGGGAGGAGUCACUCGCAGGUACAAAGGUCCCAAGUUGUAUAGUCAAUCACACACACUUCCAGCUAACCUAAUUCAGCCAAGAAGGACAAGUGUCUAGAGGACAUGUUUUCAGUCCAUAUCCUCAGGUCUCAAAGGGGCUAAUAAGAAAGGAUGCUGAUAAGAUAAAUCUUUCUGUGGAUGUUUAGUAGCAUGUGCUAACUUCAGGUCUGCUGCGUUUCUUGCAGUACUUCAGUUUUGUUAAUGCAAUUGCUUCCUAGAUUGAGAGAAUACUGGGAGUUCGUCUGCAGGCUGGGCUGAGAGCAUGGACUCAAGUACUACUUGGUCAAGCGGAUGACAAAGCAGAAGUUGAUAUGGACACAGAUGCUCCACAAGUCAGCCAUAAGCCAGGUGGAGAGCCAAAGAUCAAAGUACGUGGUGUCUUCACCUUGAAUUGAAUCCAUGGAGUCUUGCAAGCUGGAAGUAAUGCAUGUAAAAUCUCUAACUAGAAAAAAAUGUGUAUUGAAAUGAUGCAGUAUAACUUAAGUCUUGUCCUGUGUUUGCACAAUUCUGGUAAAUCUGAUGAUCUUCCACAAAAUUUGGCAUCCAGAGAAUCCAUAAGAAUCCAUAAUUUUGCUGAAUGAAGUUCCCAGCUCUUAUGAUCACAGAAAGAAUGCUUAUACUAUGAGCAUUUAUUUAAAGGCUUGGCGUUGCAGGGAACUGGGAUGUCUUGAGCUCUUUCAUCUAAUCAUUGGCCAGCCUCCGCCAUCCUUUUCCAUGGCCGCCUCUUUUUAGUCCUGUUCAAUUCCCUGCGUCUUGUGGGGAGUAGUUAUUUGUUCUAUUGUUACAGGAUGUAUUGCGUUCAUCAACCUUUACAAUAACUGUUACUGAAUCAAAUGACAAAUAUAUGUACUGAAGACACCAUGCUUGGAAAUAAAUAAAAACAUUUUAAAAAAAGAAUUUCGGAGACAAAGGGUACAGCUCUGUGUCAGGGAGCUUUCAUUCUAAAAUUUGACAGUUUAAGAGAUCAUGGAGGAGUGGAUAUAGGAUUACAUAUAUGUGCUUAGCCUUGAUGGUGAAGAUUAAGGGUUAAGCUAAAGGCUUUACAGGAGAGGUGGUUUUUUGGAAACUCUGAACAGAAUACAUAACUUCGUCUAGUGCAGUUUAUAUUUGUGCUAUACUGCACGGAUACAAAGAUAACUUUCCAACUUAAUACCACCGUCAAAUUUUGGGUAAUGCUACCAGACUAAUGAUAAUUUAAUGCAUUUUGUUAUUACUUCCUCCAGUAAACCAAAACUGAACAUGGCUUUAUAUUCCUGCAGAAUGUUGUUCAUGAACUGCGGAUAACCAACCAGGUAAUCUACCUGAAUCCACCCAUUGAAGACUGUAGAUACAAACUGUUCCAAGAACUGUUUGCUUGGAAGAUGGUAAUACUGUCGCUACCUAGAAUCCAAAGUCAGAGAUAUCAGGUAAGAAUAAAGAAAUACUACUUUUGAAUCUCAAGAAUCUUGAGUUAUCCUAAAUCUUUUUUUUUUUUAAUGUUUUCAAAGCUCUCAUUGCUUUUAAAUCAAAAUGUGGUACAUCUUCUGUGUUUUGUUAGGUGGGUGUGCACUAUGAAUUAUCAGAAGAGGAAAAAUUCUACCGUAAUGCCCUGACACGGAUGCCAGAUGGCCCUUCGGCACUUGAAGAGUCUUACUCUGCAGUCAUGGGGAUUGUAACAGAAGUUGAACAGUACGUGAAGGUAAGAGAACAUGUUAUGUUUCCUAUUCCAGAGUUAUUACGUAACAUUAUUCCACGUGACAGUGUCUUGAUCAAGAAUAUGGAAUGAUGAGUUAUUUAACAUUUGUUUAAAGUACGGAGUUUACAGUUUUAGUUACCAGUUCAUAAACCCGAGAAUUGGAUAUAUCUAAUAGCUUACAAAUCCUUAAAAUGAAAAAUUGAGGUAUUUCUUUUGUGUGUGCACACUCGAUCUGCAGGUUUGGCUCCAGUAUCAAUGUUUAUGGGAUAUGCAAGCUGAGAAUAUCUACAACCGCCUUGGAGAAGACUUAAAUAAGUGGCAAGCACUCUUGGUUCAGAUAAGAAAAGCCAGGGGAACCUUUGACAAUGCUGAAACCAGGAAGGAAUUUGGGCCUGUUAUCAUCGACUAUGGAAAGGUAAACACCCUGAAGGAAAAUAGAUCUGAUAGUAGAAUUAUAGAAUCAUAGAAUUGUGGAGUUGGAAGGAAGCCCAAGGAUCAUCUAGUCCAACCCCCUGCGAUGCGGGAAUAAUGUAGUAGAUAUCUCCUGCAUUAAUUUUCAUUAAGUGGUAUCAAAGAACAGACCACAAGUAGGAGGGGUGGGGGGAUGAGUAACAUCAGUAAAUAAACUUAGUUGAUCUCUAAGGUGCUACUGGACAAUUUUUUAAUUUAUUUCUACAGUAUAUAAGAAACACAAGUUUGCAAAUUAUAAGAUAGAUGGCAUAGAGUAAAAUUACCACUCUUUUAAUUGUAUAGGUGCAAUCGAAGGUGAACUUGAAGUAUGAUUCCUGGCAUAAGGAAGUGCUCAGCAAAUUUGGUCAAAUGCUGGGCCAAAACAUGACAGAGUUCCAUUCUCAAAUUUCCAAGGUAAGUUUGCCAAAAUUCGUCCCACUGAAAAUACCAAAGCAGAAUUUUUUGCCAAAGGUGCCCCUAACCAUAGAUAGCAACACUUGCUUCUCUUCUCUCAAUAUGGGAUGAAGGAGAUUGUUCCAUGUCAAAGCUUGCUUUCUUUCUUUGUUAAUCUUAGAGGGGGGAAACCGUAUGCGUAAUAGUGGGGUGUCUGAAGAACUGUGAGUGCCUGUACUAUGCCUGUAUUAAACUAAUUGAGUGUGAUUGGCACCUCCAUAGAGGCUUUACUUGUCUUUCGAACAGGGCAUCUAAAACUUACUCCCUUUCCUUUAUGAGAACAUUUUUUAAAAUUUCAUUUUUUCCCAUUUCUUAGUCACGGCAAGAGCUGGAGCAGCACUCAGUGGACACAGCCAGCACAUCCGAUGCCGUGACGUUCAUCACAUACGUGCAGUCACUGAAACGCAAAAUCAAACAAUUUGAGAAACAAGUUGAGGUAAGCUUUCUACAACACGUUUCUGCAAUCAGUUUCAAUGGGGAAAGCUUUACCACUCUUCAUCCAAAUAUCUCCAGGCAGUUCACAGCCUUGCAUGAAAGUAUGUCGACAGCUGGUGCCUAAAAGCUAUAAGAGCCAAUGACAGCUGUACAGGCAACUCCCCAUUUACUUGUGUUCCAAGGCAUACAUGACCAUCCACACACACAUCACCACAAUCUUUAUUACAAGAAGAUAUGUGAUCAAAGCCUGUACCAAAUAAAACAUUGCUGUACAUAUCUCCUGUUCGGGGGAUACAUCAAAAUAAAAUAACCUUUAAAAAAACCUACAUGGUGACGAGUUUCAGUGUAACGGUAGCAUCUGAACUUGACACUUUUUGUUAGAAUCGUAACUUAUUUUUUUGGUGCCUGUAGCUCUACCGUAAUGGCCAGCGUUUGCUUGAGAAGCAGAGGUUCCAAUUUCCUUCAUCCUGGUUGUACAUUGAUAACAUUGAAGGAGAAUGGGGUGCUUUCAAUGACAUCAUGCGUCGAAAGGAUUCUGCCAUUCAGCAGCAAGUAGCAAACCUGCAAAUGAAAAUCGUUCAGGAAGAUCGAGCUGUGGAGACUCGUACAGUUGACUUACUGACAGACUGGGAGAAAACAAAGCCUGUAACUGUAAGUUGUCUUCAGUGCUCUGGCAUUUUGAGCCUUAAGUCAUCAUUCCUUUGACACCUAUGAUCUCCUUUAGCCAAAACAUGCAUCUAGUAGUGCACUUAGCACUUAACAGCAUGAUCACCAUACAAAUAUUAUCCUGCCUUAAGUCAGGCUGAGACCCACCAAUUGAAGACCAAUGAUCUAAAUUAUGUUUCCGUUAUGAAUGUUUGUAAUUGUGCCUAGCUGUCUCAUUCACUAACAAACCCCAAUGAUACUUGGGACUAACCGACUCAACACGACCUUGAGAACUGGAAUUUGGUGCUUUUAUAUUCCUUGACAUCCAACUUAAUGGGAAGUCUGAAAACGGGGUGCUUGUACCUCUCUUCUGCAAAACUGGGAUAUGCUAUAUUUCAAAAUAGCUUAAGGUAGUCGUACACGAUCUAUAAAAGUGAAAUUUGGUACACGUAGUCAAAAGUUCCACCUUACAUAACAGUGAACUCCACUAUGCCUAGUCUGAUAAUAGUAUUUCACUUCUUUCUUCAGGGCAACCUGCGCCCAGAGGAAGCUCUCCAAGCCCUUACCAUCUACGAAGGAAAGUUUGGAAGGUUGAAGGAUGACCGUGAGAAAUGUGCAAAGGCCAAGGAAGCUCUGGAACUCACAGAUACAGGACUUCUCAGUGGUAGCGAAGAACGUGUUCAGGUAUGAAAAUCUAGUAGCCGGGUGUAUAAAUUUCAGCUGCUGUAUUCCGUAGAAAGAUCUUUCCAGCUACGCUGAUCGAAACCUACUAGAAUUAUUUGUCAUAUCCUGCUUUCCCCCCUCUAAAAUUACCAAUGUUUCGAACCAUCUCUUGUCUCGUAGGUUGCUUUAGAAGAGCUCCAAGACCUUAAAGGAGUCUGGUCUGAGCUUUCCAAGGUCUGGGAACAGAUUGAUCAAAUGAAGGAGCAACCGUGGGUUUCAGUACAGCCUCGCAAGGUACUUCAGCUGUGUAUAUGUAAAGAACUUGAGGACCAUAGCAAGAGAAAUUGCAAAUCUAUCCUCUUAAAACGCUGCAAAACAGAAGCUGAAAAUGUUCUGCCGUAUAGUCAGCAUUGACGUGGUUUGGCACAUAUUUGAUAGCUCUGAUUAAACCUACGCCCCAGGGACCUCAAUCCUGCCCAGAGCACCCUGACCAUCUCUGCACAUCUCUGAACUAACUUGGGCAUAGGAAGCUAACCUGUCAGUAAGGCAAAGAGACCAGCCUACCAAUGGCUACCACUGCAGGCUUCAACAUCAGCUUCUUUACCUUUCUAUUUAAAUUAGCAGUGCAGCUCGUCGGCAUUUGUAAUCAAGGGGAAAGAAUUUGGGAUGCAGAGAAGGAUGGUGAGGAUGUUGGAUGACAGGUAGAUUUAGGUUUGUAAGAUGGGUGGGGGCAUCUGCUAUGACAUUUGGAAGACUUUGGGGGACUUUGGGGAGUUGCAGAGGGAUGCUCAGCAAAGGAGAAGCUGAAAUUAUGUUGCGAACCACCCUGACAUCUAUGGAUAAAGGGUGGUAUACAAAUUUAAUAAAUAAUUAAAAAAAUGGGGGGGCGUGGUGGUACUGGUAUGGAAUUUGGGCAGGCAAGAUGCAGAAAAGUAGCACAUUGGGACCAUUUUAGAAGAACACUUAGAAUGAGUUUGUGAGGCUAGUCUUUUUUAGGGAGUCUUUGGGUGACUUGAUAAAGAGCAUAAAGAACAGCUUAUGGGUAGACAUGCAGAUGGGCUCUUGUUGUAUCAGAAAGGAGAACAAGAUAAUAACUUGGUCGGUGUUCCUGGCAAAUAGGACUACUUGGGUGAGCCGUCCGUUAAUAAAAAUGACAAAUGGGUAAUACUCAGCAAUUUGUGCAGUCUGUUAACUGGAUAAAACUUGCUCCCUAUCUUCCUUAUAGCUCCGUCAAAGUCUAGAUGGCUUACUCAACCAGCUGAAAAAUUUCCCUGCUCGCUUACGGCAAUAUGCAUCCUAUGAAUACGUGCAGAGGCUGCUGAAAGGUUACAUGAAGGUAAGCUUGCUGGUGAAAGACCUCUGGAUAGAACAUCGUGCUGAUGCCUAACAAGACAAGUUUACACCUUUUCUUCAUUUCUACCCCCCACAGAUAAACAUGUUGGUGAUAGAGUUGAAGUCAGAGGCUCUUAAAGAUCGCCAUUGGAAGCAACUGAUGAAGAGGCUGCACGUGAAUUGGGUGGUUUCCGAACUAACCCUGGGGCAGAUCUGGGAUGUUGAUUUGCAGAAGAAUGAACUGAUUGUGAAAGAUGUGCUACUUGUAGCACAGGGAGAGAUGGCACUGGAAGAAUUCUUGAAGCAGGUAGCUAUUGGCUUUUAAUAAAUACUUUUGCUCAUUCAAAAACUUUAAAUCUAUAUUUCCAGCGAAGUUCCCUUAACUCAAACAAAACCAUUGUCACUGAAGGAAGACAAGUCCUGAUGCAAUGGUUGCUACUUAUUUCUGACCCUGCAUUAGUGAGAGAGUAAAGGGAAAGUGGCAAGAAGGCUUGCUGGAAAAGGCUAAAGAGGCUUCCUUCAAGGAACACAGCCUUCUGCACUCAGGAGUGCUGGGGAGUUUUCUUCCUUAAGAGGAAACAGCAACUUGCUGGCAAUAUUCUGUCCUUCCCAAGGAAGUCCAGUUUUUUAGAGGACAGUUGGUUAAACCUAUGUCAGGCUGCAGAGUGUACUUCAAAAAGUUCUGUUCUUAGAAGCUGCUGUUGAUUUUAAUCAUCUAUGUAUUGAAUAUUUUUGAUCGAUAGUGUUAACGUUUUAUAUUUUUGUAAACUGCUUGUUUCUAUCAAGCAGAAUAUACAUUUUAUUAGCUAAAGAAACAGCUAAUUACUCUAGAAUGAAAUAAUGAUAGAAUCAAAAGUUGAAUCAUUUGAACAUCUGGCCACAUUUAUGAGACAAAGGUCUUGCUUCCUGAUGAUCACUUGUUACAUAAAGAUGUUCUCUGGCUCUUCAUCAUUUGUUGGGCUAUUUUUAAAGAAAAGCUGCCUUGGUCUGCCUGAUUUUUUACCUUUAAUCCUAAACAUCACUGUACAUUGUUUUCUGUAAAGAUACGAGAAGUGUGGAACACCUAUGAGCUGGAUUUGGUUAACUACCAGAACAAAUGUCGUUUGAUUCGUGGCUGGGAUGACCUUUUCAACAAAGUCAAAGAGCACAUCAACAGUGUUUCUGCAAUGAAGCUAUCGCCAUACUACAAGGUAGAAUCCAAAAUGUAUCUUUUGCUCUUUUCAUUUCUGUCUCUUAAUGUAUUCAGGAAUGUUAAUGCAUAUGCUUCAGUUUGCACCCUUUUGUAUAGCUAUGACUAACUAGCAAGCACUGAACACAAUUAUAUGAGCUUCCCCACAAUCCAGCCUGCUUUCUGAGAUCAUCUUGGUCCUAAUUUCCCUGGAAUUGCAUUUAGUUGGCACUGGGCAGAGGGUGUUUUCGGUGUCUCGUGCCCAGGCUUUUGAACCCUCUCCCAAGAGAGGCUCAUCUCAGCCCUUCUUAAAUGCCCUUAUGCUGGGUUGUUUUAAAACCUUCUAUUUUAGGAAGGCUUUUGAGCCAUAAGUGUUUUUUGAGCUUUUGCUGAUCAGUUUGUUCUGGUUUUUUAUUCUUGGUGUACUUUUUUGAUUAUGCAUUUUUUACAUUUAUUGUUAGACACGUUAAUCCCUUAUUGAGGAAAAUGUGGUUAUAAAUUUUCUUUAAUAUAGAUAACACAGCUUAAAUAUAGUUGCAUUGUGCUUUGUUUACAAUGUGUAACUCAGUUACAUAAAUUAAAGCCAUUUAUUGAUCUGUAGGUGUUUGAAGAAGAUGCCCUAAGCUGGGAAGACAAACUGAAUCGUAUCAUGGCACUUUUUGAUGUCUGGAUAGAUGUCCAGAGGCGCUGGGUUUACCUGGAAGGUAUCUUCACUGGGAGCGCUGAUAUCAAGCACCUGUUGCCUGUUGAAACACAGAGAUUCCAAAGGUAAUGUUUUGUUCUUGAAGAUAAAUGUGAAUGCAGGAAUCUCUGUAACUUCUUAUUUCACCCAGGAGGCUUUCAUGUAUCCCUCCUUUGAGACAUUGACUGGUGGUGGUUCUGUUUUGUUUCAAUGCUCUCUCUUCUUGACUUCACAGCAUCAGUACAGAGUUUCUGGCCCUCAUGAAAAAGGUGUCCAAAUCUCCCCUGGUCAUGGAUGUUCUGAAUAUUCAGGGUGUACAGAGAUCACUGGAAAGAUUAGCAGACUUGCUUGGGAAGAUCCAGAAAGCUUUGGGAGAGUAUCUGGAGAGAGAGAGAGCUUCUUUCCCUCGGUAAAGAAUUGAUAUUUCACUGCAUUAGUUUUGUUCUAUAAGCAAACUCUGGCAUUAAUACAGUGUCCCCCAGGCUUUAUGUUACCUUAUCAUCCUCCAUGUUCUAAUCUUGUGUUUGACCAAAAAAAUUAAACCACCUGUGCAGAUUUUGGCUUGGAAAUAAUUUGGAUUGGGGACAAGCUUUUAAAAGAGAGUGAACAUUGGCAUUAAGAUAUAGCUAGAGUUACGUAAAUGCCUUCAGUGUAUUAUAAUGCAGUGAAGAGCUAUACUUUAUUAAAUUUCUGUACCACCCUUCAUCUGAAGAUCACAGGGCAGUUUACGAUUUAAAAACACAAAAAUAUAUACCGUUAUAACUAACAAAAACAAUACCCCCCAGUAUUAUCAUUUAUUAAAUUUAAUUUGGGAGCCUUGGAUUGAGAAGUUUUGUGACCUGACACAAUACUGUAUAGUAACUGGAUUCAGUAAUUUGCGGUUUGGGCUUCCCAUGUUGUCUUGAAACUAAUUACCUAUUAACGGCAAAUGUGAAUAUGUAAAUACAAUAAACAAUGCUGUCAGCUUUAUUAUUUUAUGUUCGAAUGACUUCAGCCUGGCUCUUCAACCCAGAAGAGCGGCUUACAAACAUCAGUAGUAAGAUGGGGCCCUGGUCUUAAGCUUACAACCUAAAUGUGUGAUACCCAAAAAAUACUGGGAGGGAGGCAGGAAAAAAGUAAACUCGGGCACUAGUUCGCCACAGUCAGAGGCAGUAGUGCUUCAGAAUGCCAGUCACUGGAAACCACAGGAGAGAAGAGUGCUCUUGAGCUCAGGCUCUGCUUGAGGGUUUCCCAUAGACAGCUGGGUGGCCACUGAGAGCAGGGUGCUGGACUAGAUGGACUACUGGCCUGAACCUCUUCUGUUAGUCAACAAAGGUGUUUGAUCAACUGGAAUGGAAAGAGUUGAAGGGGUUGGAGGAGCAAAAGGUUGCUGGUUUCAGCUGAGCUGAUGAAGUGGCCCCUUCUCCCUUCCUCUGCUGCAUCCCGAUGGAGUGGGAGCUCCCAGGUAACCGUUGUGGGCGGGAGAAGCCUGAUAGAACUGGCUUCUCAGCAUAGCUGAUGGCUGCUCUGUUUCCUUUCACGCGCUCUACUUCAGCCUAAUGGAACAGCUCCAGUCAGCUGACAAAAUGUAGUCUUCUGUUGCUUCACUUGACAGUCCACAUAGAAAAAUCCUGGGUUUAUUGAAGGUACUAGGUGCUUGUCACUUUGCAUUUCGCCGUAUCCCUUUUUGUCCAUUAAAAUGGCAAGCUUUCUUUUUUUUUAGGUUCUACUUUGUUGGCGACGAAGACUUGCUCGAAAUCAUAGGGAACAGCAAGAACGUAGCUAAACUGCAGAAGCACUUCAAGAAGAUGUUUGCUGGAGUGUCGAGCAUCAUCCUUAACGAGGACAGCUCCAUUGUUCUGGGAAUAUCUUCACGCGAGGGAGAGGAGGUACAGUGAAGGGAUACCUCACUCUUUAAAACAGGUGGGGAACCUCCGAACAACCAGGCCAUCAGGAGCAAGCUACGCCCACCUGCCUUACACCUGACAACAGGUGAAGGGCAUGUAGAGGCAGGGCUUGGCAGGAUCCACCAAUUGGCUUUCCAGGAGCCCAAGCAUCAGUUGGUUGUCAGGCACUUGGGAAGUGCUGUUCAAGGAGCUCUGCAACUUCCUUUGGAAAGAACAAAAGGCUCUGUUCUUACAAGUAUUUAUUUUUUCCAAAGGUCAGCAGGUUUGGAGUUACUGCAUAUCAGCUGAUAGGUGGUAACUCCAAACCCUUUGAAUCAGCUGUGUGUUCAAGUGUCCCGUAGUAAGCUUGGUCACACAACCAAUCCCUGCAGAAAGAAGGUUUAAAACAAGUUACUUCUUGUCAGCUGAAUUCCAAGUCUCUGGUGCUUCAAAGCACCACACAGGGCAAUUUGCAAGCUUUGCACGUCGCUGUGAAGUCCUCACACGUUGCAGGUCUUCUGUCUCCCUGCGAUGAAUUUGACAAAUGUGCAGACUGUUACAUCUGGCCCACCAGCUAGAAAGAUUCCUCAUCCUAGCUUUUAUGAAAAGAAAAACACACUUAAACUUGAUUUUUUUCCCCUUCAGGUGUUGUUCAAAACUCCCGUUUCAAUCACGGAGCAUCCCAAGAUCAACGAGUGGCUCACACUUGUUGAGAAAGAAAUGAGAGUCACACUUGCCAAGCUGCUUGCUGAGUCUGUCACGGAAGUCGAAAUCUUUGGCAAAGCAACCUCUAUUGACCCAGCUACCUACAUCUCCUGGAUUGACAAAUACCAGGUAUAGGUUCUCUUCAGCCUUCAGUAAAAUGCAUUGUGCUUUUUGGGGAAGGAAAGGGAAACAUCUGGCAAAAGCCAAUGCCUAUUUUUGUUUUAAUGCUCUAGGCCCAGCUUGUUGUCCUGUCAGCCCAGAUUGCCUGGUCAGAAAACGUGGAGUCUGCUUUGAGUGGCAUGGGCGGGGGCGGUGACAGCAGCCCUCUGCAGUCUGUGCUGACCAAUGUUGAGGUCACCCUGAAUGUGCUUGCAGACUCUGUGCUGAUGGAGCAGCCACCUCUCCGCAGAAGGAAGUUGGAACACCUGGUAAGCCGCAGCCUUCAUUAUGCUCUCUAGACGUCCCAUCUCCAAUUGCUUUUAAACAUGAUGAUGUUUCAUGAAAUAGUUGUUUUGAUACUUUGCAUUCUGAAUUUCACCUUUUCUUUUUUCAAAAGAUCACUGAGCUGGUCCACCAAAGGGAUGUCACGCGAUCACUGAUUAAAAGCAGAAUUGACAACUCGAAAUCCUUCGAUUGGCUGAGCCAGAUGAGGUUCUACUUUGACCCUAAACAGACAGACGUGUUGCAGCAACUGUCCAUCCAGAUGGCCAAUGCCAAGUUCAACUAUGGCUUUGAAUAUCUUGGCGUUCAGGAUAAACUGGUGCAGACGCCUCUUACUGAUCGAUGCUACCUGACAAUGACCCAAGCUUUGGAAGCCAGGCUGGGAGGUUCUCCAUUUGGUAGGUUACUCUUUUCUGUAUGCCCAUUUCUCAAAAGCUUUCUUAACGCUGGAAACAAAAAAUUGUGUGUUCAGGUAGCAAAGCAAUUUUAAUAGCUGCACAGAUAAUUUAGUCUUAACUAAAAGGAUCUCGGGUGUUUGCUUUGAGACAUAUAAUACAGCAGUCUUGCUGAAACUAAACACAUCUACUUAAUUACUGGAUAGAAGAUCCCCUGCGAGUCCUUUGUACAAUGCCUUAGGGUUCUAGUUUGGUAUCGAGCUGGAAUUCGACUUGAAUCCUCCAAAGACUGAGGGUUAUAAGAAAAUUGUAUGGCUAUAAAGCGGUAACAAGUGUUGGGCAUGGCUAUCAUUUGGAAGUGAUGGUUAAGAUGACAUGAAGCAUGUCUCUUUUUUUAUUUAAUGGACAGGGCCUGCUGGAACCGGUAAAACAGAAUCCGUUAAGGCUCUUGGUCACCAGCUUGGACGCUUUGUUCUCGUGUUCAACUGCGACGAAACAUUUGACUUCCAGGUAUGGUGGUUUCAACUAUAAUUAUGCUACCUUGGAAUACUGAUAAUAAAUCAUGCAAGUUUCAAGUGUCAAGCGUACAGGGAAGCUAUAGCUGGUUUCACUGGGCAGCCCCAUAUUCUGAAGCGAGAGAAGGAGCACUUCUGUGAUUCUGUGUCUGUACAAAAGAUUGGUACCCUACAGGAUGCCCUGCCCAAUAAUAGCAAUUUCUGCCUCUCUAAAACUUAAGGGAAAAUCCAGCCCCGUUUUACAACUGCUCAGUCUACUAUUCUGCCGUAUAAUACUCCACAGUUUCUCAGUGUUCAUUAACCUUCCCCAUCCUUUUUUCAGGCAAUGGGACGCAUCUUUGUGGGUCUUUGCCAAGUGGGCGCGUGGGGCUGCUUUGACGAAUUCAACAGACUUGAGGAGCGAAUGCUUUCUGCCGUUUCCCAGCAGGUCCAGUGCAUCCAAGAAGCCUUGCGAGAGCACUCAAAUCCAAACUUGGAGAAAAGUAUGUUUGAUGCACACGCCCUGCUGCUAAUUAUUCAUGUGUGGUAUCUAACAGGAUACAACAACUGAAACAAACUCAGGGGGGCCUCCGACCAAUUAACAUCUCUCUUAAAACUGGACAUUAUAAACAUGGGUUCUAUCGCUGUGCUAUAUUUUUGCUAGUCCAUUGUCACAGUGGCAACAGCCUCACAUGCUCGGGGUGAGACAAGCAGUAGAGUCAGGCAGGCAAGUGAGUGGGGAUGGGGCAGAGGGGUGAGCAAAGCAAUAGGGGUGGUGGCAGUGAGCUGGGCUUAGGGAAGUGGGGCAGGUCAGCUGAGAGAGGUGGGGUGGUGGGUUGAGUGAGAGGGGUGGUUCAGGUGAGCUGCAAAGGUUUGAUGAGUAAGGGGAUGAGCUAUGGGGAGCAGGUGCUUGGACAAAGAGUAGGGGGAAAGGAGGGGAUUUUGGAGAGAAGGGAGGAAGAGAAGGGUGCUUGGAGAUCUAAGCAAGUAUGGAAUCCACAAAGAACAGAAGUCUGAGUAAUUCAUUCUUCCCUGUCUUUCCCAAAAGCCUAGGGUGGUUUCUGUUUCUGUGUCGCUUCUCUGAGAAUUAUUUACCUCUUUGGGCUUUGGAAGUCUAACCCUUGCUGACUUCCUUUCAUGUGUGCGUGCAUACGCAAGUUGAUUUGGUUAAGAACAGCAAACUGAACGACCAAUGCUUGCUUCCAGCUUCCACCACCAUUACCUGUGAGUUGCUGAACAAACAAGUGAAAGUGAGCGCAGACAUGGCAAUUUUCAUCACAAUGAACCCUGGCUAUGCCGGUAGAUCAAAUCUCCCAGACAACUUGAAGAAACUGUUCCGGAGCUUGGCCAUGACAAAACCUGACCGUCAGCUGAUUGCCCAAGUCAUGCUGUAUUCCCAGGGAUUUCGGACAGCAGAAGUGCUUGCCAACAAGAUUGUCCCAUUCUUCAAGUAAGAAACACUGCUGGUAGUAGAAGCACAUAGCAUGAUUUGUUCUUAGAGCUGUGUGAAUUCAGCAUUAACUGGCCCAACCUGCUGCUGGCACUGUUACAUUUCUGAAACUUAAUCGUCAGUUAUUCUGAUGCAUCUGACUGUGCUUAAUCAUUUGUCAUGCAACCGUAGUAUAACUUGCCAAGCCAACUUCAGCAUUAAUCAGUUGGUGUCUUUGGCUUCUUAGGUUAUGUGAUGAGCAGCUCUCCUCUCAAAGCCAUUAUGACUUUGGCUUGAGAGCUCUGAAGAGCGUCCUGAUCAGUGCUGGCAACGUGAAGAGAGAGAGGAUUCAGAGAAUAAAACGGGAGAAGGAGGAGCGUGGUGAAGUGGUUGAUGAAGGAGAAAUUGCUGAGAACUUGCCAGAACAAGAGGUAUAGCCUGGGUUUGCAUGUGACGAAACUAAUGUAAAGUACAGUUACAUACGCAGAUGCUUUGAGACUAUGGAUGCACAAAAGGAGUGUAGUGUUAAAUUGUUUUCUUGCACCCUGUAUUCAAGCCUAUCCUGCCUCUUGCUGCCGUAGAUGUUGCUUUAGCUGGCUACCAGUAGGCUUUGGUAGAAGGCAUCUGAAUUGGUGUCAGAAGUGCUGCUGUUCAUCAUGAGGGUGAACAAACUUGACAUCUUCUCCAUAGUAUAAUAUCUAAAAAUCUAAAUGAAAAUUCAGUAAUUGACAUUGCAUCAUUCACAAAGCUUUUAUUUCUUUACAUUUUAUCUAGCAUGUAGAUCUUAAGUAUUUGUGCUUCAAUUUUGCAUUUUUAUCUUGCGAACCACCCUGAGAUUUUUGGGUGAAGGGUGGUAUAUAAAUUUAAUAAAUAACAAUGAUAAUAAUAAUUAAAAAGUAUUUCUGAUGUAGGAUCUCAAUUUGAUAUUGUACCCAGAAGUAUCACUUGAGUAUUUUCAUAAUGCUUCUCACGCCAGUUAAUAAGCAAGUUGGUUUUUUUGUUCUUCUGUGUAGAUCCUGAUCCAGAGUGUCUGUGAAACAAUGGUACCCAAAUUGGUUGCAGAAGACAUACCAUUGCUUUUCAGUCUCUUGUCCGAUGUGUUCCCUGGCAUUCAGUAUCACCGUGGAGAAAUGACUGCCCUGAGGGAAGAGCUUAAGAAGGUCUGUCAGGAAAUGUACCUGACGUACGGCGAUGGGGAAGACAUUGGCAGCAUGUGGGUUGAAAAGGUACGUUACGUCAGUGCUCACUGCCAACAAAUAGCACAGAGUUAUGUGAGAUCUGGCCACAAACAGCCUUCUAGACAUUUAAACAAGAUAAUUAUAUCUUCCUUGUAUUUAUAUUCUAUCUCCCCUCCAUCAUGGAACCCAAGGUAGUAUACCUGUGGUUGCCAGGUGUCGCCCACCCAAGCACUGAGCAAACCCAGACUUGCUUAGCUUCAGCAAAGUGAUGGCUUUACUUGUUUUUGGACCAUGACAGUUGGACCCACCCAAAGCAUUCUACCUUAAGAUGUUCCUCAUGCAACACUUUGAUUUUUCUCCUUCUCCAUAGGUUCUUCAGCUCUACCAAAUUACCCAGAUCAAUCAUGGUUUGAUGAUGGUGGGCCCAUCUGGAAGUGGAAAGACCAUGGCUUGGAGAGUUCUUCUGAAAGCACUGGAGAGGCUGGAGGGUGUGGAAGGUGUUGCUCACAUCAUCGAUCCCAAAGCCAUCAGCAAAGACCAUCUCUAUGGCACUCUCGAUCCCAACACCAGAGAGUGGACAGAUGGACUGUUCACGCAUGUCUUGAGAAAGUGAGUGUGUGCUAUAAGUAAAGGUGUGAGCUAGAAAUUUCUCCCUGGUGUAGGAAGAACUUGGGCUGGCUGGACGUUCUCUCACAUGGCCCUACAUUAUUCCCUUGUCUAGGAUAAUAGAUAACGUGAGAGGUGAACUACAGAAACGGCAGUGGAUCAUCUUCGAUGGAGAUGUUGAUCCUGAGUGGGUUGAGAAUUUGAACUCUGUUCUGGAUGACAACAAGCUGCUGACACUGCCAAAUGGAGAACGUCUGAGCCUUCCACCAAACGUAAGGCUAGCUACUUUUUUUUCCCAAAUAAGAAAAUAAAUCUGCUUGGACAAUAUUGCCAGAUUGGGAAAAUGUCUGUUAUUUUGAGAUGCUUGUGUCAGCCAGGAAAUUAAUUUUAAGGUGUUUCCAACAGACACAGUUUGGAAGUAGGUUGUUACUCCCUGGUUUUGUCAUGUUGGGUUUUGCCAGUUCCCAUUAGAUUAUGAGGAACUGCCUUACUUAAAGGGCUGGCUAUAAAAUAUUACUUGAGGUUUAACUUGUACCAUUCUGAUUGCAAUGCUGUCUUAAUGCUCCCAGUGGCCUCUUAACAGGCUAAGGUUAGUCAAAGGAGAAAACUCUUAGAAGUUAGACACAGCUGUGUCCUCAGAUAAUUUUGAGGCCGGCACUGGUUUCUAAGCCAUCAUUCUGCUUUUUCCCAUAGGUGCGCAUCAUGUUUGAAGUUCAAGAUCUGAAGUAUGCUACUCUGGCCACAGUGUCAAGGUGUGGCAUGGUUUGGUUCAGUGAAGAUGUUCUAAGCACUGACAUGAUUUUCAACAACUUCCUGGCCAGACUGAGGAGCAUCCCUCUGGAUGAAGGUGAAGAGGAAGCUCAGCGUAGGAGAAAGGGCAAGGAAGAUGAAGGAGAGGAAGCAGCUUCCCCAAUGUUGCAGGUAUAGUUCAAGAGUAGAUAACAUAAAAGAUUGCAAUACCACCUUGCUGUGGGCACGCAAAUUAUUAUACUAGUAGUUCAGCUCUAUUUUGCCCGAUAAUGGUUGACGAAAUGCUGUUUCAACAGAUUCAGAGAGAUGCAGCAACAAUUAUGCAGCCAUACUUCACAUCGAAUGGGCUGGUGACGAAGGCGCUUGAACAUGCUUUCAAGCUGGAGCACAUCAUGGACCUCACUCGCUUGCGCUGUCUUGGCUCCCUCUUCUCCAUGUUGCACCAGGCUUGCCGCAACGUAGCACAGUACAAUGCCAACCAUCCAGACUUCCCUAUGCAGAUAGAUCAGCUGGAACGCUACAUCCAGGUAAUUCCCAUAGCUAAGUAAAUAAAAAAGAGGAAACUGUCAAGCUGCCAGCCUUGUUAAUUAAUCUUGCUGUUAAUUUUCAUGUGGCUCUCUUGUGUGGGAUUCCCUUUUUUUUCUCCUGCACUUUUACUGAUCAGUUUCUGAACUUUCUCAGCGAUUCCUCGUGUAUGCGAUUCUGUGGUCCCUUUGCGGAGACAGCCGUCUGAAGAUGAGAGCCGAGCUGGGUGAAUACAUCAGGAGAAUCACAACUGUGCCACUGCCUUCUGCACCAAAUAUACCUAUCAUUGAUUACGAGGUGAAAAAUAAACCUUUCCAUUUUCUAAAUGCCAGGCUUAAUGUAAUUACUUAUUGAUGCUAUUUGCACAAAACUUCAUCAAUACAACAAAAUAGAUGAUUUCAUAGCCUUCUUCCAGAGACCUGGCAGCAACAUAUUUAUUCAGUGCACUUAGGUUUUGGACCAUGCGCUUAACUAAACAAAUUUCUUGGUGAUUUGAAUCUAAGGCUGUCGUCAGAUUUAAAAACUGAUCCUUGAGCCUUAUUGAUCUUGUUGGUUUUUAAUUCAUACAGUUGUAUAUCAGAAUAAAUAAGUUCAAAAUAAAAGCAUACUUUGCUUUUAGAUGAUAUACUCAGGUAUUUUAGAGUCAUUUCCCCCUCUCACUCAGAAGUGUAUUAGCUGCUGUCUGUAAUGAGUUUCUUUGUUAAACACUUUCAUAAAGUGUUCUUAAUUUGCUGUCAGCUUAGUGGAGGCACUUCACUUUUUUAAAAUUCCAGCAAACAAAAGCAGGGCCAACAUAAAUAUAUAGGAGUCAGUAGUACCAGCAAUAUAUACACAAACUUAUUUUAAAUGCUUUUGAUCAGCUUAACGUUGCAAUUAAUGUUAAACCUUGAAGUAGCCGCUUUAAACAACACCAAGUUAUUGUUUAGGCAGCAAGAGAAGCAGAUAAUGCCAGAUACUUAAUUUUCUUUCUCUCUCUCCAUAGGUCUCAAUUACUGGCGAGUGGAUUCCCUGGCAGUCAAAGGUCCCGCAGAUUGAAGUCGAGACUCACAAAGUGGCAGCUCCUGAUGUUGUGGUGCCAACCCUAGACACCGUCCGCCACGAAGCAUUGUUGUAUACUUGGCUUGCGGAGCACAAACCACUGGUGCUGUGUGGGCCGCCAGGUUCUGGAAAGACCAUGACUCUCUUCAGUGCACUCAGGGCUUUGCCUGACAUGGAGGUAAACGGUUCUUUGUGUGUGACCUUCUCCCAUUCCAAACAUUCUGAAUGAGUAACCACAUCUGCAGGAUUUAAAAUGCCACUGAGCUGCAGAAGAUCAGAAAAAUUUAUUCAUCCUCCACGUUUAAUUAAAUCUCUCUGCACAACAAUGCAAUAAGCAGAACGAGCGAGGAGGCGCUCAUUCCUCUGGUUUUUUGCCAAGCCAUUGUGUAGCUAGUUCAUUGCUGCCUCUGAGCCAGAAUGGUUUGUUAGUUUAAGAACUUUAGAUACCACUUUUCAAGUUUACAAAAAGCAGUUAAAACAAAUUCAGCUAACCUGGCAUGCUAGCAGAAGAGCAAGAGAGGGAAGUCACGAUGUUGACUUCCUCCCAUAGAAACAUGAGCUGCAUUCAUAAAGAACAAAGGAAGGCGAGCAACAAAACUUUAAAAGCUGUCACCAGUCGGCAGUGUUUAUGCCUCUUGGAUCUUGCCGCAUAUUCCUUUCCUGAUCACAUCCUUGCAUUUUUAGGUGGUUGGUCUGAAUUUCUCCAGUGCUACAACUCCAGAGUUGCUCCUGAAAACCUUUGAUCACUACUGUGAAUACAGGCGUACGCCUAACGGUGUGGUGUUGGCUCCUGUCCAGCUAGGAAAGUGGCUGGUGCUCUUCUGUGACGAAAUCAACUUGCCGGAUAUGGAUAAAUACGGCACACAGAGAGUCAUAUCCUUCAUCAGACAGGUGAGUAUAAGUCAGAUUAAAGAACUCAACCUUUUUUGUCGUAGUUAAACUCCGUCGUAACCGCCUCUCUCAAAUCCUCAGAUGGUGGAACAUGGAGGUUUCUACCGCACAUCUGACCAGACAUGGGUGAAACUGGAGCGAAUUCAGUUUGUUGGAGCGUGUAACCCGCCUACAGAUCCUGGAAGGAAGCCUCUUUCACAUAGGUAAUGUGUCCACAUUGCUGUCUAUAAGUUGCUGAAGGUUUAAGGAUCAAACCUGCAGUCUACAUACAUAUUAAUGUGCUUUACUAAGAAGUAGGAUUCAGCCUUUCAAAUGCUCUAUUAAUGUUUUGGCUGCUGGAAUGUAGAACUUCAGAGUCUUUUUGUUGUUGCAGUAGGCUUUGCACGCUAGUUCUGACACCUUGAACAUGGCUUGGCAUCUCAAUAGCAGCCAGUGCUGUGCUUUCAGGACCAGUGAAAGCUUUCGGGAUCUGUUUUUGCCUUAUCUAGACCCAUGUAUUUAGCCUAAUAGCUGAGGUGCUACAGAACUCACCUCUCCUGUAUGCCUUUCUAGAUUUCUGCGCCAUGUUCCUGUUGUGUACGUGGACUAUCCUGGCCCAGCUUCCCUCACUCAGAUCUAUGGCACUUUCAAUCGCGCUAUGUUGCGCCUCAUUCCAUCUCUCCGCACGUAUGCAGAACCUCUCACUGCUGCCAUGGUUGAGUUCUACACAAUGUCUCAGGUAACUGGAAUGAUAAAGCUCUUCGCAGCUUUUUUAUCAAAUGUCUAGAGCGAGCGGUUAAAAAAUACUUCCCUGGUUACUAUGGACAACUCCUUAUCCUGUUACUUCCAGGAAAGGUUUACUCAAGACACACAGCCGCACUACAUCUAUUCACCCCGUGAAAUGACUCGAUGGGUGAGAGGGAUCUUCGAAGCUCUGAGACCGCUGGAAACGUUGCCUGUCGAAGGGCUCAUUAGAAUUUGGGCACAUGAAGCCCUGCGUCUCUUCCAAGACAGGUAAAGUGUGAAAUCAUAGAAUUGCAGAGUUGAAGGGACACUGAGGAUCAUUUGGUUCAACCCCCUGCAAUGCAGGAUUGCGCAGCUGUCCCAUAGAGGGAUCGAACCUGCAACCUUGACAUCCACACCAUGCUGUCUCCAACUCAGAUCACAGUAUACUUUUUAAAACUCCUUUUUGGUAGGAGGCAGGGUACACAAUCUCUUUCCCAACCCCAAUUUUAUGCUCUCAACAACCCAUGAGCGAGGCUGAAACACAGUGGCUGGUCCGUGGUCACCCAGUGAGCUUCAUGGCUGAUUAGGGAUUUCAGUCCUGGCCUCCCAGUUCCUAGUCCAACACCAGGCACUACACCUCACUGGAAUAAAGUGUGACUACACACUUGCUAGUAUAAUGGUCCACAAGCAUUCAGGCUGCAUAGAAUUCCUCUUGUGUGUUCAGACUGGAGCAAGUCGUUCCAAUAUGUUUUUCUUAAUUAACACAAUACAGUUUACGGUACUGUAAAUAAGCCCUUUCUAGUAAAUGCACAUGUUUUUGAUGAAAUAGAAGGAUGCACAUUACCAUAAAUUCAGUUUGCCAUUUGUUCACCAGUAGCUGGCAUCUCUAGGUAGGGUAGGAAAGACUGAGAAAUGUACCAGUUGUCUAACUUAGUAUAAUGUACUGUAGCUUCCUAGGUCCCUAGGGGUUUGGGGUUUUUGGCUUUUUGUUGGGGGUGGAAAGUCGGUGGAAGUAUUUAUAGGUCAUGUUUCAGUAUCACUGCUAUGGGCCAUCUUUCCACCCAAAUCAUAGUGCAGGAAAAAAAUGGACAGCUAACUGGGGGAAAGUGUAUUUAAAACAUGUUUAGAUACCUCUUGGGAUUUGUGAGCCUAUUUCAAGCUAACUGAGCACUACUUUUCACACCUCAUAAUUUGAACUCUGGGCAUAUGAUGUAAAUGUCAGUGUCCGGGUUCAACAGAUGAGACAAACUCAGAGAGAAAUUGCUUAGCUAUCGGGAUAUUCAGAACAUGCAUUACUUGCCAGUGGUGUCCCUGAAUCUUAGACCAUUGCAAGUGAUAUGCAACCAUUACAUUUCACUAGUAGUUGGGAGAAGUGUAUUUCACACUUUUGAAAUAGUAUUAAUGCCAAAGCUUCUCUGUCAUGAAGUCUUAACUUUAAGCUGUUAAUGUGCUUUCUAAUACUAAUGGUUGCUCCUUUUAUCUAGGCUUGUGGAAGAUGAGGAGAGACGGUGGACUGAUGAAAACAUUGACAUGGUAGCUCUGAAGCACUUCCCCAACAUAGACAAAGAGAAAGCAAUGGCCAGGCCCAUUCUGUACAGCAAUUGGCUAUCCAAGGUAUAAGCUCUGCUGCUUACUUGAACUUUAAUACAUCAAUACAUUGCUUUAGUUCCUGGGUAUAUGGAAGUGUGCUGUGUUUAAUUUUUUCUGCUUUUUCGGUUGAUGGAGAAAACCUAUGACAUUAAAACUUUUCCUUUUAUCAGUUGCAAAUUGUAUUAUCAUGACUUAAUCAUUGGUAGCAGAUGUUGACUUGGUUUGAAUAAUAUUUCUUCUGAUAAUUUAGAGCAUAAUUACAUUUAGUGUGUUUACAUCGGAAGUUACUGUCUUGACCUCGCUUUUAAAACUUCCUUGGAUAUCAGGGCACAGCUAUCCUUUUGAGGAUGAGCACCUCUCAAUUUCCCCCCGGUGUAACAAACCAUAGCUACUAUCUGUUUUAGUGUGAGAUUCAUGCAAGAAUGGAGCUACCUGGGAUUUUGAGUGUCUCUUAAAAUAAAUGUAAUUAGGUGCACAUUUUAUCCAUAUUUCCUUCAGGCAGAAUGUUUGCCUGUACGGGAGUUUAGUUGUCCACUUGUCCAGCUCACAUACAUUUCCCCUCUUCUGCUUCGCUUCCCUUGUAAAAAUGAGUCUACGUCUGCUGGCUACUUGGCCAGCAGCUGAUGAAAAGUAUGAUCAGGGUAGGCACUAAGCACAUUGCAGCAAACUGGGCACCUGGAGGCUGCAUGUUGCAUCCAGCCUAUGUGCAAAAUUUUCCCAUGUGGCUGUCUUCAUUCUUGCCCUUCAGCUGAAGUUCCGCAAAGCUUCAUUAGAUUUUUUCAGUGAUUGCUUCUCAUUCCCCAUCUUGGGAAUACAGUACACAUUUGUCUGUUGCCCACCACUGUUCCCUACUUGGGAAAAGCUUAGGGAUUAUUGUUAGUCAACAUGAGACAAGUCAAUUAAUUGAGGUGGUGGAUAAGCUUCAUGAAUAGGCAAUACUUUGUGCCUCUUCAGAUAUUGUCAUAAGCAAGGACAGCUCUAAUGCUGAUGCUUUACGGUUUGCAAGUAUAUAAGUUGUUUGCACUGUCUUUUAGGAUUAUAUUCCAGUUAAUCAAGAAGAGCUAAGAGACUAUGUGAAAGCCAGACUGAAGGUUUUCUAUGAAGAAGAACUUGACGUACCACUUGUCUUGUUCAAUGAAGUCUUGGACCAUGUGCUAAGAAUUGACAGGUACACGAUGCUUGUGUUCUAAACUUUUUCCAGUUGUAGCACCUUGGCAAAUAUGUUUCUAAACCAGUCCAGUAUGUAUUUAGAAAGGGGAUACAGUUUUUUUAUCACCUUGGACACUGAGUGCUAGAGGAGAACACAAAGGAUACUGCCUGCUAUGUACCAGUAAUACAUAUGUAUUUUUGUAGGGGAUGGUUGUUUACCAGUUACUCCUAAGCUGCAAUUGUAGGCACAGUUAACUAGGAAUAAGUGCCAUUGAAAACAAUAGAAUUUAACCCCUGAGUAAGCAUGCAUGGGAUUCACUGCUAGUCUGUACUGCAUCUUCUAAGUCAAGACUCUCUUUUCAGAAUCUUCCGUCAGCCUCAGGGACACUUACUUCUCAUUGGUGUUAGUGGAGCAGGAAAAACUACUCUCUCGCGAUUUGUGGCUUGGAUGAAUGGCUUAAGUGUCUACCAAAUUAAGGUUGGUGUGCCCAUUUCCCUAAACUGAAGAUCCAGCUUUUGUUUCUUGCAGCAUUAAAUCAAGCUUGGCAGGCUAGAUAAAAUCAUAGACGUUUAAUCUAUAAUGGAUGUUCACAGGUGCAUAGAAAGUACACUGGUGAAGACUUUGAUGAAGAUCUGAGGACAGUAUUGAGACGAUCCGGCUGCAAGAAUGAGAAAAUAGCAUUCAUUAUGGAUGAAUCAAAUGUACUUGAUUCUGGAUUCCUGGAGAGAAUGAAUACUCUGCUGGCCAAUGGAGAGGUAACUUUACUAAAGGCUGGACUUGGGGGGUGGGGUGGGAUCCGAACUCUGCCAUCCAAUCCUGUUUAAGAGAUUCUGGAUUACUGACAAGCUGCUGUGCAGGCCCAUAAAAUUCUUGUUCCAAACAUAGAAACUUAUUUAUUAAAUUUGUAUACUGUCAUUCAUCUGAAGAUCACAGUACAGUUCAUAACAAAACAGUACAUAACAAAACAUAACAGUAUAAAAUGAGAAUAUAAAAUACAUAACACAACAAAAGCAAACCAAUAACCCCUCGCCUCCAAACAGAUUAUUAGCUUUUUGGAAGGUCUUGCACAUUCUGUGGAAAAAACAAUCUACUGCCCAAACUAACAAUUUUUUAGAGGCUCUGAUUUCAGAUUGUCAUUGGAUCCUCGUCAAUAUUUAUCUCAAUGCAAAUUUCAGAUAUCUGUAAAUUAACGUGUCUCUCUUCCAUUUAGGUUCCUGGCUUGUUUGAAGGGGACGAAUAUGCCACACUUAUGACUCAGUGUAAGGAAGGAGCCCAGAAAGAGGGUUUGAUGUUGGAUUCGCAUGAAGAACUAUACAAAUGGUUCACCAGCCAAGUCAUUCGUAAUCUCCAUGUGGUCUUCACCAUGAACCCAUCUUCUGAGGGCUUGAAGGACAGAGCAGCUACAUCUCCAGCCCUCUUCAACAGGUACACAACUGCUUAUUUUCUAUUACAUCCAUUACAGUGGUGUAUGGAUAAUUCAGAUGAGCAGGACUGUGAACUACAGUUAGUCUUCAUAGCAUGUCAUCUUUUGCUUUAGGUGUGUCUUGAACUGGUUUGGAGACUGGUCGACAGAGGCGCUUUAUCAAGUUGGCAAAGAGUUCACCAGCAAAAUGGACCUAGAAAAGCCAAACUACAUUGUACCAGACUACAUGCCAGUUGUUUAUGACAAGCUGCCACAGCCACCAUCCCAUAGGGAAGCCAUCGUGAACAGCUGUGUGUUUGUUCACCAGACCCUUCAUCAGGUGGGUUUGUCCUCCCACUUUUUGUGCAGCUUCUUGCAGUCCUCAAAGCAUUUCCUGUUUCGAAGGAUAUUUUAAAAUACGUACUGUAUUUUGCACUCCAUAGGACGCUCAGGCCCAUAGGGCGCACCUAGUUUUUUGGGGGGGAAAUAAAGAAAAAUAUUUUUAUUUCCCCCCCAGGUGCGGGGCUGGAAGAACUAGGUCGGGGAACAGCGGGAAGGUGCGCUCUGCCUCCCCGCUGUCCCCCGAGCUUGUGGGGCUGGCGAUGGGGAGAAGUGCGCUGAUCCUGGGACUGCAGGCAGCUCUGCGCGGCCAUCCGGAGCGGGGUGGGACUUCGCGCCCCGCUCCUGAUGGCCGCGCAGAGCUGUGCUGAUCCCGGGACUGCAGGCAGCUCUGCGCCGCCAUCCGGAGCGGGGCGGGACUUCGCGCCCGGCUCCCGGUGGCCGCGCAGAGCUGCGCUGAGCCGGGGACGGCAGGCAGCUCUGCGCAACCCUCGGAGUCGGUCUCCCGAGGGUUGCGCAGAGCUUCCUGAAGCCUGGAGAGCGAGAGGGUCGGUGCGCACUGACCCCUCUCGCUCUCCAGGCUUCAGCGAAAGCCUGCAUUCGCCCCAUAGGAUGCACACACAUUUCCCCUUCAUUUUGGGAGGGGAAAAUGUGCGUCCAAUGGUGCGAAAAAUACGGUACAUCAGUUUUUAACACACUCUUUUCCCCUUCUGGCAGGCUAAUGCUCGUCUAGCCAAACGUGGUGGCAGGACAAUGGCCAUCACUCCUCGUCAUUAUUUGGACUUCAUCAACCACUAUGCCAAUUUGUUCAAUGAGAAACGGAGUGAGCUGGAAGAGCAGCAGAUGCAUUUGAAUGUUGGUCUUAGGAAGAUCAAGGAAACGGUUGACCAGGUAUGAGUCUUCAGGAAAGAGCAUUGGAAGAAGGAAGAAACCAUUCAUGACAAUCCUUGGAAGUUCUCUUGAAUAGAGUUCACUGUAAUUGAGAAUUUGCUGUUGGUUCUAGGUGGAAGAACUUCGCCGUGACUUACGGAUAAAAAGCCAGGAGCUGGAAGUCAAGAAUGCAGCCGCGAAUGAUAAGCUGAAGAAGAUGGUGAAAGAUCAGCAAGAGGCAGAGAAGAAAAAGGUGAAGACCUUAAAGUCCUUUUUAGAGCAUGUUGUCGCACCGAGUUGUGCCUCUUAACUCAGAGCAGAUAGGGUAAGAACGGGGCUCUUGAAAUAUCCUGUGUAACUUGCUUGCAGGUUAUGAGCCAGGAAAUCCAGGAGCAGUUGCAUAAACAGCAAGAGGGCAUUGCAGACAAGCAGAUGAGUGUGAAGGAAGAUCUGGAUAAGGUGGAGCCUGCAGUCAUCGAGGCUCAAAAUGGUAUGUGAAAGUCAUCUGUUGGGCAGCUUUUCAGUGCAUUCCAGUCUGCUGCAUGCAACAGGAACAUUUUGCUCCAUGCUUUCGAAUAUGCCCUUUACGGCUCCCCAAAAAAAUCAGUGCUUUUUGGCUUGUCAGCUUAAUUCUUCUGGGUAAUACUUUGAUCAAUAAUCAGGUUUGGGCUCUGAUUGAUUAGAAGCACCAGUAGUGCAGCUUUCCAGGAUGCCAGAUCAUGUUGCUAGAUAAUCCACAUUGUAUAUGGAUGUUGUUGUCUUUAAAUAAAAGGCUUUGAGUACAAAAGCAUUGUCUUUUAAAAACAAAACCAAGAAGUUCAUCUGCCAUGAAAAGAAGUACCCAGUCUGGCUAUGCCUUUGACAAAGGCUUUGCAGUUGCUUAUCAUAGUUUUGUGUGUUUUGAAAUGGUGUUUCUGAAGGCUGAGAAUCUGGGAAACAUCUAGGUCCUUUUCCCUUGGCUUUAAAAAAAAAACCAUGGGAGAUGUGCCUGGUAAAUUGUGCCUUUCGUUUUUUAAAUCAAAGUUGAUUUUUGCUGAAGCUUAAGAAUCUUUCACACCAAUCCUCAAGAUUUGCUAAUCAUCUUGCUCUUCCCUGUUUUCUCCCAAAUCACUGUCUUUUCUCUCCUGGCUGAUUGGGCUUGCUUCUUCCUAGCUGUUAAAUCAAUAAAGAAACAACAUCUGGUGGAGGUCCGUUCUAUGGCCAACCCUCCUGCUGCCGUGAAGCUGGCGUUAGAGUCGAUCUGCCUGCUCUUGGGUGAAAGCACAACUGAUUGGAAACAGAUCCGUUCCAUCAUAAUGCGGGAAAACUUCAUCCCAACCAUUGUAAACUUUUCUGCUGAGGAGAUCAGGUGAAUAAUUGGCAAGUUUACAGUGGCUGCUGCAGGGAACAGAAAGAAAUGGUUCGCGAAGACUGCUGCAACACUUCUUGCAUGUUGCAGAUAAAAAGCAUAAAUUUUUAGGGCUCGAUUUCUGCUUCAAAUUAGCAAAUCUCGUCUUGAUUCAAGGAGAACGUUCUCAGAAAGAAACUCUCCAUUCAGUGGAUUCCAUUGUGGCCAAAUCUCAGUCUUGGAACCAAAUUUCUUUCUCCUAUUCCCAGCAGCAGCCUUCAGUGUUUGUUUUUGCAUGCUGAACCCUUUUUUCCAUCCCCUUAAUAGCUGUGAGCUCUAUAAAGAAGCAGCACCUUAUUGAAGUAAGAGCUAUGGGCAACCCACCUGCGGCGGUAAAACUGGCUUUAGAAUCCAUCUGUCUCCUGUUGGGUGAGGAGACGAAUGACUGGAAAAAGAUCAGGCCAGUUAUUCUGAAAGAUAAUUUCAUCACCAGCAUUGUCAACUUUAAUAUUGAAGACAUGAGGUAUUUGUGUUCUAUAGCUUUGCUUACCAAGGUGAUGGGAUAACUUGCAGGCUUGGCAAUUGCAUGCUGGAUGGUAACACCACGCUUGUCCGGAUACUUUCUCAAACUCUCUGUCUCCCCACCCCCCGUUAUUCCAGUGAUGCAAUACGGGAGAAGAUGAAGAAGAACUACUUGUCAAAUCCAAGUUACAAUUAUGAAAUUGUGAACAGAGCGUCUUUGGCCUGUGGCCCUAUGGUGAAAUGGGCUAUUGCACAGGUAACUUGUCUUGUGGUAUUUAACUGGAUUAGGAUAAAAUACUAUAGAAGCUCAGUCAUAUUUUGAAGGUGGUUUCCUGCCUCUUGCUGUUUAGCUCAGCAGGUCACUGACAAUCCCACAGUGGCUUUAAAAAUAACAAAGCUUUAAAACCAGAACUGUUUAAGUGUCCCAGAACUGAGUGACCUGGUGUUAUGUCCCCCCCCCCCCAGCUGAACUAUGCCGACAUGUUGAAACGGGUAGAGCCCCUGAGAAACGAACUGCAGAAACUGGAGGAUGAUGCCAAAGACAACCAGCAGAAGGCCAACGAAGUAGAACAGAUGAUUAGAGACCUGGAGGCCAGCAUUGCCCGCUACAAGGAAGAAUAUGCCGUGCUGAUUUCCGAGGCUCAGGCUAUUAAGGCAGAUCUGGCUGCUGUGGAAGCAAAAGUGAGAUAGCCGUGAAUUUAUCCUUGUUGCGCUUCCUUAGAAAUGUGUCUGUGGUUUCCCACUUUUAUCACGUCUCCUUAAGGGCUUACAUUAUAGUUGCAACCUUGAGUGGUCUAGUUGAGGGAAGCAAAAAGAUAAUAGAAUGUGUGCUUCUAAGCAUUCUACACAAUUUCCUUGUUAGUGCUCUUUGUUCAGGCAUGAAUUUUAAAAUCCAAAGUUCAUUUGUAUAUUGAAGAGAGUUUACUUAUUUUGCUUCUAUAUUUAAUACCAAUAGCAUAGUUAGGUAAUCUAUAAAUUUGUCCACGUUAAUAAAUGCAGUAUAAUUUAUAUAGUUUUAGAAGCUUAAUUUAAAAAUGUGUGCAUCACUACUUCUGUGUCUUCUGUAAUAAUUCCUACAGCUGCCUAGUGCUGCAUAUAUUCUAGGUUUUAAGGCUGCCUUUUAAGCCAAACUUGAUAAGCAAACAAUUUUGCUAUGCUUCUUUGUUGGUGCUAGCUGCAUUUUCUAAUAAAAAAUAAAGUUGUGGUUAUGCUCCCCUUUUCUUCAGCCUCCUAGGUAUUUGAAAUGUGUGUUUCGUAAUAGGAUGCUGAAAACCUGGCCCUGUAUCUGGUGCAAUUACAAAUUUCUCCGUGUUUUCAAAGGCAGGUAGUAAUCUUCAAUCCAGUUUUUGUUUAACUGAAGCAAUGGUUUUACUUGCAGGUAAACCGCAGUACGGCUCUCUUGAAGAGUUUGUCUGCAGAGCGUGAAAGAUGGGAGAAAACAAGUGAAACCUUCAAAAACCAGAUGUCCACCAUUGCAGGAGACUGCUUGCUCUCAGGAGCCUUCAUCGCUUAUGCUGGUUACUUUGACCAACAGAUGCGUCAGAACCUGUUCACAACAUGGUCUCAUCACUUGCAACAAGCAAAUAUUCAGGUAAAAAACUGUUCAUAGGUCAUAAAGACAGCUGCUGUUUACUUGAAAUAAUUGGAGCAUUUCACUUUAUGGUACACCUUCCUCUUCCGUGAAGCUCAGAACAGCUUCUGCAUGUUUCACACGUGGUCUCCCACCUGAGCAGCUUACAAAACCAGAUACGCUCUGCAGAAUCAUUAUGUCCCUUCAGGCCAUUUUAUUUUGUUCCCAGAUGUCUGAUGAUUUUAUAAGGUGGCCGAUAAUAAAGGGUGAUGCAACAUGGGUAUUUUAGGAUGGGAUAGUUCAGUUGGUAGAGCAUAAGACUUUUACUGUCAGGGUCGUGGGUUCAAGCCCCGGGUUAGACGAAAGGUUCCUGCAUUGCAGGUAUUUGGACUAGAUGAUCCUCAGGGUCCCUUCCAACUCUACAAUUCGUCAACACUAUUGCCAUCACCUCCUUUGACUUCAAGCUCUGCCCCCACUUCGAGUGAAUAUGGUCUGCAGCCAAGAGAAUGCCAAUGUUUGUGGGAGCCCCAAGCCAUAAGUAGCAGGAUGACAACUGAUUGCUUCACCUAGUCACAAAAGUUUGUCAGUUCUUGGCUGUGAAACACAAUGGUCCUUUCCCUGCAGUUCCGUACAGACAUUGCUAGGACCGAAUACCUGUCCAACGCAGAUGAACGCCUUCGCUGGCAAGCAAGUUCCCUACCUGCAGAUGACCUGUGCACAGAAAAUGCCAUCAUGCUCAAGCGAUUUAACCGGUAUUGUUGCUUUUCUUUUAAUUAAUUUUGUGCUUACCAAUGGCUUCUUCAGACCAGAAAAGCUUUCCAGUGGAAGUACCAUUUCCACGCUUCUGAGUUGAUCAUUUCUGUCCAGGCUUUCUCUAGUGAUUGUGAAUGUUUUGGAAUUGCCUGGGCUCUCGGCAUUUAGAUAAGAAGCCUUGUUAAAAUACAGGUGAAAUGUGCUCAUUCAACUCAUUGUGAGCACAGAGUUGUUUGCCAGAGGAUAUUGUGAAUGGCCACUGGCACAGACAGCAUGUGCUAGGAAAAUUUUGUGGAGAAAUCUAGCAUAGUCUUAAAAUGAAACUUUCAAGUGGCGUCUGGCAAAACCACUGUUCUAAGAAUUGCUAUGCUAGAUCAGAUCCCUCUAACAGAGCACUCUAUAGUCAGAAUGGAAAUUUAGAAGCUCAAAAAGAUACAGUGGUGCCUCGCAAGACGAAAUUAAUCCGUUCCGCGAGUCUCUUCGUCUUGCGGUUUUUUCGUCUUGCGAAGCACGGCUAUUAGCGGCUUAGCGGCUUAGCGGCUAUUAACAGCUUAGCGGCUUUAAGAAAAAGGAAACAAACUCGCAAGAACUCGCAAGACGUUUUGUCUUGCGAAGCAAGCCCAUAGGGAAAUUCGUCUUGCGGAACGACUCAAAAAACGGAAAACUCUUUCGUCUAGCAAGUUUUUCGUCUUGCGAGGCAUUCGUCUUGCGGGGCACCACUGUAAUGCAACUUUGAGCCCAACUAUUUCAAUAGUAAAGACUGGAUGAUAUACAUUACGUGCAACACUCAUAAUUUCUGAAGUAAAAAUUAUUCCAGGCCCCUAUUUGGUAUGUGCAGCAUAUCAAAAUACAAACUAAGGGCUUUCAGAAUACAAACUAAGGGCUUUGAAGGACCCCUAGUAUAGCUAAUUGUAAACUUUUUAUCUGUUCCAUGAAUCCAUAAAUUGAAAAUGCUUCUUCCAUUAAUAUAUGUUGAACAGAUCUCUUCCUCCUGGGCUCUCUGAAUUUUAAAUAACGUUCCACCAAUUACCUCUUUAGGUAUCCCCUGAUUAUUGACCCCUCUGGGCAAGCUACAGAGUUCAUCAUGAAUGAAUAUAAGGACCGUAAGAUCACUCGUACCAGCUUUCUGGAUGAUGCUUUCAGGAAGAAUUUGGAGAGCGCCUUGCGAUUUGGUAAUCCUCUGCUUGUCCAGGUUAGUUCUGUGCAUACAUAUUUUUUAUAACCAGCACAAGUUUUGAAUGAGUUGUUGAAACAAAUAUUGUGUAACUUGAAUAAAAGGGCUUCAGAAAAGCUGAAAGAUAAGCACAUUCAAGAUUCAAGGGACUGUAACAUUAGUUCCAUGAGCCCAAGGGGGUUUGGACUUAGCACUGUGUGGGAAACAGCUUUUGAAACUUGGGGAGAGACUCUUUAAAAGGCAGCUUGUAAUACAGCAUGGGAAUUUGCAGUUCUAAUUAAAACGAGAGAUCUCAAUGGGUUUAAAUUCUUCGGUGUGCCUAAAAGCAACUUUUGGAGUCUCAGCCUAUAUCUGGAUUGCUUUUUAGAACCAACUCCAGAGUUGAAGGGAAGUACAAUUCUUAAUACUUAAAUUAUUUCCCCUUUCUGAAUGCUUGCCCAGGAUGUGGAGAGCUAUGACCCUGUGCUGAACCCUGUGCUGAACCGUGAAGUCCGUAGAACUGGAGGCCGAGUUCUUAUUACCCUGGGAGAUCAGGAUAUUGAUUUGUCUCCAUCAUUUGUCAUUUUCCUCUCCACCAGAGAUCCAACGGUAAGCAAGAAACUUGAUUUAUCUGACCAUCAGUUGGUGGGAGUGGAAGGGAAAGGAGAUUCUAUGUAAAAGGUGACUAUGCUCUGUUCGGUAGGUUGAGUUUCCUCCAGAUCUCUGCUCCCGCGUGACGUUCGUCAAUUUCACAGUAACUCGCAGCAGCUUACAGAGCCAGUGUCUGAACGAAGUACUGAAAGCUGAAAGGCCAGAUGUGGAUGAGAAGCGCUCUGAUCUCCUCAAACUUCAAGGUACAGUAUUGGCAGGAAUCGGAUCCCAGACGGGACUUACUACUGUAGGUGGGCCUUAAAACAAACUAGAGAUACUUGCAGAAUCUCCCUCUGCUGCAUUCUGACCCAGAUUGUCUAGUUCUGAACACACACAGGUAUGUUCAGUGCUUUUUUUCUAGGGGUACGCAUACCCCUAAACAUUUUGUGAAUCUUAAGUUUGGCCUCAUUGAGGGGCAAUAUUUCAAUAUGAGUAGGAAAAUGAGAGUACCCCUAAACUUUUUUUUUAGAAAAAAAGCACUGGGUAUGUUCACUAGAAUGUCAGAAUCUCAUUCUUUCACGGGUGCAUUUUCCGGCAUCUUUCAAGCUGAGGGAGAUUUCUGUUACUUUAUUUUUAAUGUUUUCAGGCCAAUGACACAAAGGACUCUGCUAUACAGUUGCAAACAGAAUGUUUUAAGUGCAUUACAGUCAUACCUCGGGUUGCAAACACUGUGGGUUGCGCAUUUUCGGGUUGCGGACUGCGCUGAACCCGGAAGUACCGGAACGGGCUACUUCCGGAUUUUGGCGCAUUCACAGAAGCACCAAAUCACGUCACUCAUGUGCACAGACGCAGCACUGCUGGUUGCGAACACUGUGGCUUGCAAACGUGCCUCUCGCACGGAUCACAUUCGCAACCCGAGGUAUGAUUGUAUACAAAUGUGACACUAGAUGGUGUGAGCUUAUGGCAAAUUCAAUAUAAAACGUUUUAUUAAAAAAGCAUUUCCACAGUGUUUUUUGUUUCUAGAGUCCAUCCAAUGAGUUGAAUUAGAAAAUGAAGUGCCUCAUCACUGACAUAUAUUAAAUGUUUAUUUGUAAUUGUACAAAUAUUUGAAUAAAAACGUGGCUUUUAUAAUCUUAAAAACCUAGAAUUGCGGAAUGUGGGUGUUACUCUGCAACCUCUUCAAUUUCAUUCAAGGGCCCAAGAGUGAGGGACUUUACAUUUUUAAAUAGUCUUGUGAGGGCAAUCUGUUACCAGCCUUCUGAAAUCCGAUUGAUUGGAACCCAAGGGAUAUCGGCUUGGAUCCAGUGGUGGCCGCUGAAUUCUUCAGGCUUCCCCAUUCCACUCUGGCCCACCUCAUGCUAUUCCAGGGGGUUCCUCAACCUUCAAAACAACUUGCAGAGGCACAGGGAGCUGUAGUGAGUGGAAAGAGCCAGGAAAACCCCCAUUGUGCAGGUGGAGUUCUGCUGACCUGUCAUUUUCAUAACUGUGGAAGUGAAACUGAUGGAAUCUGUUCACCCUUAAAGAAGCCUAAUUAAAUUAAGGACUGAUGAUGUUCUGUGGCUGAAAGCAAUUUCUGGGGAAUGUUGCAGAGAUCUUGGAUUCACGCAGUGUAUAGCUCGAACUGUCCUUAAGGCUUUUUUCCUCUACCCAAAGGUGAAUUCCAGCUGCGUCUGCGGCAGUUAGAGAAGUCGCUUCUCCAAGCCCUCAAUGAAGUGAAGGGUCGGAUCUUGGAUGAUGACACCAUCAUUACCACACUGGAGAACCUCAAGAAAGAGGCAGCUGAGGUCACCAGGAAAGUUGAAGAAACCGAUAUUGUCAUGCAGGAGGUGGAGACUGUGUCUCAACAGUAUCUCCCACUUUCUACUGCCUGUAGCAGCAUCUAUUUCACAAUGGAGUCACUAAAACAGGUACAAAAGCACGACUGGCUUGCCUUGCCUUCUUCUACCUGUUAGCCAUGUUUGUUGCACAACAUGAUAAGAUGCCACAGGUACAGAAGCAGCUUGUUUUUACUGCUGUGACUCUGUUUUUCCCUCUUUAGAUACACUUCUUGUACCAGUACUCCCUCCAGUUUUUCCUGGAUAUCUAUCACAAUGUCUUGUACGAGAACCCAAAUCUGAAGGGGAUAACGGACCAUACCCAGCGUCUUUCCAUCAUCACAAAGGAUCUCUUCCAGGUUCGGAAAAGCCAUAUCAAGUUAAAACAGUUCCAGGUUAUCAGUAGGAGAUGAAACUAACCUUUCUUGUUUUGCAUUGAUAGGUUGCUUUCAACAGAGUCGCACGUGGCAUGCUGCAUCAGGAUCACAUCACCUUUGCUAUGCUGUUGGCCAGAAUAAAACUGAAAGGCACUAUUGGGUAAGCAUACAAUUCUCCCUUCUUCAAUAGGUGGCCCAAUCUUCAGUCUCUUACAAAUGUAGGCAGUGUGUCAUGGCAGUUCUUUAAAAGUAAGGCAUACCCUGCCUUUUUGCAAAGGUGGCAUUUGUAAAAUCAACGCAGUACAGCCUAAUAAACCGCAAAGGAAGUUUACAAAAAGGUAAGUCAAUAUAAUCAAGAAAGAUUCAUAACCCUACUUUAAAACAUACAAAAAUUAAAAUACUAAAACAGAUUAAAAUUGCCUCCACUUUCUGGGUAGGCCUGGAAUGUUUUUAGCAGGUGCUGAAAAUAUCAGUAGUCAGGAAGUUCCAAAGUCCAGGUGCCGCCGCAUUAAAUGAUCGAGUUCUUACAAAUGUGGAAUGAGUAUUAGGUGGCAGUUCUAGUAGUGCUGAGGCCGCCAAUCAUAGCGAUCACAUGGGCCCAUGUGGGAUAAGGUGAUCUUGUGGGUAAACUUUUCCCACGUCGUUCUGUAUAUAUUAUUUUUUUAUUUUGACAAAGUAGUAGUAGUAAUAAUAAUAAUAAUAAUAAUAAUAAUAAUAAUGUGCACCCCACCCCGAGACCAUUCCACUGUAACUAUCCAACUUCCCAAAAUUUCAACACCUCCUGCGAUGGUUUGACCCUUUUCCGUUUCAACAGUACAAAUUCUACAAACACCCUUCCAUAUCUCCUCCAAAUCAUUUCUUCUGCAUAUUCCCCAUCUUACCUUAAUAGCACAUCUCAAUUUAUCAUUCACAGCUAUAUCCCACACCUCUUUGUACCAUUCUUCCGUUUUAUAUUCUGCUUGCCCCUUUCACUUUCCAGCUAUAAUAACUCGUGCAGCUGUCAAUAAAUUCGUGAGCAAGUCCUUCAUAGCCUGCAUACCUUCCACCUCAUCGUAAAUUGAUAAUAAUGCUACCUCUGGACAUUCGGUCAGCUUCAACCCAGUGAUUUUUGUUAGCUCCUUAAACAACCUUUGCCAAAAAAAUUGUACAUAUUUACACCCCCACCACAUGUGAACAUAAUUCCCUGUUUCCUGGCAUCUCCUCCAACAUAACACCAAAUAUUCCUUGUUUAUUUGAUUUAAUCUGACUGAUGUUAAAUACCAUCUCCAAAUUAAUUUAUAAUAAUUUCUUUUUAUCCUUAUAGACAACAUUUUCAAAGUGUGUCUCUCCCAUAUUUUCCCCCAACUUUGACUAUUUAUCUGCUCCCACGUUCUUAAGGGCUGAAAAUACUACUGCUUUUGUCCAUGAGCACAAAUAGUGAAUUGUUCUCUAACGUGCCCUUCCUUUGUUGCCAAUUGCAGGGAGCCUACCUAUGAUGCGGAAUUCCAGCAUUUCUUGAGAGGGAAAGAAAUAGUACUCAGCAGCACACCUCUCCCCAAGAUCAGUGGCCUGACUGUGGAGCAACUGGAAGCCAUGAUGAGGUUGAGUUGCCUUCCUGCCUUUAAGGAUCUGGUUUCCAAAGUCAAAGCUGAUGAUGUGAGUACUGUCAUCAAACAAAGCUUCCAAACUGAAAUUAAAUUGCUGGUGCGAUGGGAGAGGGCCUUACUGAUACCAAAGCCUUGACGUUAUCUUUAUUGGGGACCCUUAACACGUGGCAGGGACACGGGUGGUGCUGUGGUCUAAACCGCAGAGCCUAGGGCUUGCCGAUCGGAAGGUUGGCGGUUCGAAUCCCCGCGACGGGGUGAGCUCCCGUUGCUCAGUCCCUGCUCCUGCCCACCUAGCAGUUCUAAAGCACGUCAAAGUGCAAGUAGAUAAAUAGGUACCGCUCCGGCGGGAAGGUAAACAGCAUUUCUGUGCGCUGCUCUGGUUCGCCAGAAGCGGCUUAGUCAUGCUGGCCACAUGACCGGAAGCUGUACGCUGGCUCCCUCGGCCAGUAAAGCGAGAUGAGCGCUGCAACCCCAGAGUCAUUCGCAACUGGACCUAACGGUCAGGGGUCACUUUACCUUUACUAACACGUGGCACUUGUUCCUUGCGCUGAGAAUUUGUAGAGGGGAGGGCAAAUGUGUUCCACUUCCAUACUUACCGCUUCCAGUACAUGGACUGGAUAGCUAAAGCUGCCUGAUCGAUGUAUUGUACAACAUCAACUUUAAUAUGUAGUAGUGAUAUAGGUGCUGUUUCUCCAUGUCAGUCUCCCACCCCACCCCCACACACAGACACACUCUUAGUAUCUUCAUUGUGGUCUUUGGUCUAACACAAAGUUCCUGUUCUUUAUCUCCACCUGAUUCACAGCAAUUCUGCAUUUGGCUGGACAGCAGCUCACCGGAGCAGACUGUGCCGUAUAUUUGGACAGAAGACAAACCUGCAAGUAAGUGGAGAACUCCAUUUCUGGAUCAGUUUAAGUAUAUUUGGAGAAAAGGCAAAGCAGGUGCGUGUGGAGAUUUAUUCCACUGCUCUGGGGAAAGAUGCUUCAGUAUUACGUGCGCAAGGCAUCUAUUGCAGUUGGCCAUUCGUCUGCCUUUGGUGGUGGCAAGUAGCAGUUGUCCCCUGGCAACACCUACAACUGAAAUACCAUGUGAAUUGGCUGCAAGUAUGCAUGCUGUAUCCAUGUCAGAAACUGAGGACCGUUGUCAUGUGCUUUGUGCUGAGGAUGUCCAAGGUAGCUUAUGUGCUUCUAGGGUUCAGUCACUGUCUCUAUUCCCCUACUGGGAAACGGUGCUGGAAGAAGCAUACUCCCUCAGUCCUCCUUUGCAAGGCCUUUUACCUGAUGACUUUUAAAACCCCCACCUUUUUUUUCCCCCUUCUCUUCUGCUCAGCAACCAUUGGGCAGGCCGUCCAUCGCUUGCUCCUGAUCCAGGCUUUCCGUCCUGAUCGCUUACUGGCAAUGGCGCAUCAUUUUGUUUCCACAAACCUUGGAGAAAGCUUUAUGUCUAUUAUGGAGCAGCCCUUGGACCUGGCACACAUUGUGGAUACAGAGGCAAGUAGGCAUUUUAAGUCACACCCAUUCCGUUCCACAGAAGCUCAGGUGGAACUUCUGCAGGCAUGCUGCUUAAACUCUCUAUCUCCGUUUUGUUUAGACCACUUCUGUACCGCUUAAUAUAAAAAACAAAUCUAUGUGAUGUACAGGAAGCUAAAAUAGCAACAGCAGACAGCUUAAACAGCACAGAUUUUAGAAAAAUGCACCGUUACAUAUGCAAAUAUUACAUUAAUACAAAUUACUAAUAAAUAUAGGCCAGUGUCAAUUCCUUCUCCUUCUGAAAUACCUCCUGGCCUCUCACUCACAAAGAGGGUUUGUGGAACCUGCUGACAUCACCCUACUCUAAACUUGUUUUUAUGGGCAGGCACCAAGGCAGAUGGAGUUUCCUCAGGCUGCCAGCCGCUGUGUCCCAGUUGGCUGCAGUUCUUGCAGCCCUGCUUCCUCCUCUUGUAAUUUGCAAGGUGGUUUUAUGUGGCAUUACAACAUGCCUUUUUCUAAAAGGUUGACUGUAGUUCUGCGUGCCUGUGGGGAGUUCAGCCUUCUGAAUCUUAAAACAGCAAUGCCCAGCGCCACAUAGCAUAAACACUGUUGAAACUUUGCAGACUUUUCAGAAGCAGUGCGUGAUACGGCUCAGGUUAUGCUGCUCAAACAAAGCCCCACUUUCUAAGACGCCCAGCACACCUCAAGUAGACCUUUGGAUCUCAGCCUAUAUUGGAAAACGGGGGUUUGAAUUGAACCUCGACCUAGAUCUGGAACCUACCUUAAAUGCCCAUUAGUCAGCGGGAGAAAGAGAGAUCUGUUUGGAAAUGUGCAAGGCAUUCCAUCCCUCCUUUUAUUACUGAGUGCAGUUACAAUCCCGUGCACUUAUGCGACUGUUCCCCUCAAGUCCCCCCUGUGCUGCCGGAACAUGAGAAGAGUAAUGAUCAGCUCCUGUGGGUGUUAAAAAAAGCAAACCUGCUUUGUCCUAUAACUGCCCUAAUUCCUUUACCUUUUUCCUUUCCCCCGCCCCACCCUUUUUGGAUUUUAGGUGAAGCCUAAUACUCCUGUGCUGAUGUGCUCAGUGCCCGGCUAUGAUGCCAGUGGGCGUGUUGAAGACCUUGCUGCCGAGCAAAACACACAGAUCACCUCUAUUGCUAUCGGUGAGACCUUUGGGCAUCCUUGUCACUCCAAAUGCUGCGGAAUGUAGCUUUAAACUCCGCCUCUAAAUUGUAAACUUCGUGUUUGCAGGUUCCGCUGAAGGAUUUAACCAAGCUGAUAAGGCAAUCAAUACAGCAGUGAAGUCUGGCAGGUAGGCUCUGCUCUGUCUGGCAUUUACUCUGGCAUUGUACAAAUAAGUAUACUGGAACUUCUUAAUCCAUUUUUUUAAAAACCAUUUCUUCUAGAUGGGUCAUGCUAAAGAAUGUCCACUUGGCGCCUGGAUGGCUGAUGCAGCUGGAAAAGAAGCUACAUUCUCUUCAGCCUCAUGCCUGCUUCAGACUCUUCCUUACAAUGGAGAUAAAUCCAAAAGUAAGCAGCUCAGAAGCAAAAUCCUAGUCAUGACCUGGAUCUUUGCAAGCCUUUUCUUUCUGCACUGUUGUUUCUGGGAGAAGGGUGCCGCCUUAAAACAGACACACAGAGAUAGUAUUUCCCCCCCACACAGACACACACCUCUGUCCAGCCUUUUAAAAAAUCCAUUAACCUUCUCCUCACUAAAAUCAACUUAAUGGCAAUGAAUAGAAAAUAAUAAAUUAACUUUUAUGCAGAUUUUUUUCCUAAAAAAGUUUUAUUUAAAUAAACUACAAUGCUUUUAUUUAAAUAAAACUUCAACGUGGUUUUUUGAGUGUUUCAAUACAUUACCUCAGUAAAUGGGGAUAAAAGCAAAUACAAAAUGAAAAAUGUCUAGAUGUUCUUUACCCUCCCCUCCGUUCUCUUCUGUUGGUAUUGGAAUGAGGCUCUGGCAUUCGUCCUGUACCAACUGCCGGUGGGUGACUUCUGUUCCUUAUUAGUAUUAUUAUUAUUAUUAUUAUUAUUAUUAACAUGAAGAUACUUCUUGAGACUAGAACGUGACUCUUUUUAAGAUUCAGCAUGAAUUUGAGCUGGCGUAGUCAUUUUGCAGAGGUCUGGGAAAGGGGGGGGUCAUCUUUUAGUGCAUAAUUGUGGGGCUUAUUCUGUGUUUUAGGUGCCUGUGAACUUGCUGAGGGCUGGGAGAAUCUUUGUGUUUGAACCACCCCCCGGGGUAAAGGCCAACAUGUUGAGAACCUUCAGCAGCAUUCCGGUGUCCAGAAUGUGCAAGGUAAGCUGUCUCGAUGAUUAUAAACAGAUCCUAUAGUUAGCCAACGCAUUAGUGGGACAGCAUAUGGUGGUUCCCAAAAGUUCUAGUGGGGGGGGAUCCAUCAGAGUUUAGUUUAGAGCCCAACUAUUCUCACCUAAAAGGGAGUGUCAGUUACUCAUUAAUUCUUGCAUUGGAAAGAUCAUCCUCCUGGCCUUUUGACCAUUCACUGAUUUAAAUGAAAGAAGUUGAAGCUCCUCCCAGGCUAUGUUUCCUUAACGCCAACCUUGCAGAGAGAAUGGUGCUGGUCCUCUGCUUGCUCCUGACACUCGGGUAGAGCGCAAAGCAUCUGAGGAAGGAUGGGAGAAGACAGUGCAGAGCUUUAGUAAGCCCCUCUAGCCUGCACAAAGCAGACAAAUAUUCAGGCAGUCUCUCUGAGGCAACCUAAACGUGUAAUAUCCACAACGACCAGGCCAUCUGUUCUGACUCGAUGUCCAAAUGCAAUACCUUGUGUUCACUAGCACAGUCCUAAGGCUGCACUGUGCCUGUUUCCUUUGGCAAACUUGCUCCAGGAGGUGUUCCUGUAACUCCGUAAGAUUAAAAAAAAUGUACAAAGUAAGGACAAGGGUUUAUUCCUCGUAAUCUCAAGCAUGCAGUUCUUCUCUUGAAUGCAAUGUAAGAAGAAGAAGAAACAUUUUUUCCCCUCUCUCCUCCCUAGUCACCAAAUGAACGCGCUCGUCUCUAUUUCCUUCUUGCUUGGUUCCAUGCCAUCAUUCAAGAGCGUCUCCGAUAUGCUCCUCUCGGCUGGUCAAAAAAAUACGAGUUUGGUGAAUCUGAUCUAAGAUCUGCAUGUGAUACAGUGGAUACAUGGCUGGAUGACACGGCAAAGGCAAGUGAAGUUGCAGGCGUUCCACUUUACCGCUCUGUCUUAAAGGGAACGUGGCUGGACUGCUUUCAUGAAGGACAAGUAAUUUGUAACAAGUAGGCAAAGCGCAUUCAUAUCCUGCCUUUCCUCAAUGGGAGCUCAAGGCAGCAUGCGUGGUAAGUAAAGAUAAAUACUGAAUAACUUGUCCAAGAUCAACAAAUGGCUACGCUAAACAAGAUUUUGAAACCUGGGUCUCCCAAGUCCGAGAUUUUGAAACCUGGGUCUUCCAACAUGCUGACCAGCCUACCACACUGGUUCUUAAUUUGUAGUAAUGUUGGCUUUUUAGACUUUUACUAUCCAAAAGCUACCUCCAUUACAACAAAACUGUCUACCCCUCCAGGGCCGGCAGAAUAUCUCUCCUGACAAGAUCCCCUGGUCUGCACUGAAGACCCUGAUGGCUCAGUCGAUUUAUGGAGGACGCAUUGAUAACGAAUUUGACCAGCGUUUAUUGAACAGUUUCCUGGAGCGCCUCUUCACCACUUCAAGUUUUGACAGUGAAUUCAAAUUGGCCUGCAAGGUUGACGGUCAUAAAGACAUCCAGAUGCCAGAUGGAAUCAGGUACUUAAGUUCUGCCUUUAGUAGUAAGUCUGGGCCAGGUUGGUUCAAACUGCUCAGUGCUGUGGACCACGUGGUCAUUACCUGCUGUUUUGUCUCGACAGGCGUGAAGAAUUUGUCCAGUGGGUUGAGUUGCUGCCAGAUACGCAAACACCCUCCUGGCUCGGGCUGCCAAACAAUGCCGAGAAGGUUCUUCUCACCACCCAGGGUAAAAAAAUGCUUCACUUCAGUAGUUCGUUGUUCACCGGAAUCUAAACAAUAUUUGCUAAACCACACAAGAUUCUCUAAAGAAGCUUGCAAAUGUUGCAUCUGUUACAACGGAAUUAGCUGGGUUUUAAAAAAUUAAAGGCUUAGUGCAGCAUGAAUCUCAUGAACCAGAUUUAGCCAGAUGAUAGGGAGGUUGAAGUGUUGCAGCAGGGAUGAAUCCUGAAAGCCAAGACUUUACUCACAAUCUAAUGAGCUGAAGUUGUCAAGACCACACUUUGAGGAUAUGUGGCUGAAUGUUAUUUGUGAACCGACUAAUAGCACAUGAUCAAAUUCCUAAACUAUAUGCAGGGCUUUCAAAGCUCAAGUUUGGAUUAAAGUUAGCCUGCUUACAGCUAGCACACGUAUGUUAAUCUUUAACCUUUUUAAAAUGGUUAAGCAUUUCAUACCCUGUACAUUUCAGGUAUUGACAUGAUCAGUAAAAUGCUGAAAAUGCAAAUGCUAGAGGAUGAGGAUGACUUGGCCUAUGCUGAGACCGAGAAGAAGGCACGGACAGACUCCACCUCGGAUGGUCGGCCAGCUUGGAUGCGAACACUGCACACCACGGCUUCCAACUGGCUCCACCUCAUCCCACAGACACUGAACCACCUGAAACGUACCGUGGAAAAUAUCAAGGUGGGACACGCAACCUAGUAUGUACAGCAGAGCUGGGGAACUUGUUCUGGCCAGAUUCUGCUGGACCACAACUCCCAUAAUCCCUAGCCUUUGCCAUACUGGCUGGAGCUGAUGAGAGGUAGAGUCCAACCAUAUUUGGAAGGCCACAGGUUCCCCAGCCCUGAUGUAGGGUGAAGGUUUGCAAAAUCAUAUUAAUACUGUCUUAGAUGAUGGUGAUACUUAAUUGACAAAAUUGUCUUGGUUUCAAAAAUCAAAAUGUGUAAAGUUACUGAUGGUGCUUCUAGGAAGGAUAGUGCUGGGAUAUUCCUGCUCUCACAACUCAGUUGCCAGGAUUUUUUCCACUUACUAACACAUUGCUCUUCCUUUGGAAACCAAGGAUCCUUUGUUCAGAUUCUUUGAAAGAGAAGUGAAGAUGGGAGCCAAACUCCUUCAGGACGUUCGUCAAGAUCUUGCAGAUGUGGUUCAAGUGUGCGAGGGGAAGAAGAAGCAGACCAACUAUCUGCGGACGCUUAUUAAUGAACUAGUGAAAGGUGGGCUAUUCUAAACUAUUGUUUAAAAUGCACACACAGCUUCCCGAAUUAAGAUGCUGCUGCUAUUGAAAGAAAAUGGAAGGUCUAAGGGGGUCUCUUUCUUAGCUGUGGUAUUGUGCCUAUGGGAUGGGGUUAAACCAAGUACCUACGUUCAACUAAACCUGCUGCCAAAUCAUAAGUCCAGCUUGGUGGUUGGUUGUUUUUUUCACGUUACAGAAUCCCAUCCAUAGAUUCUGCAGUCGCUGGUGCUUAAUUUAGUAUCUUUACAUGUUACACACAAGAGUUUUGAGUGUAAAUGUUGAGUGUUUAGAAGUUAACAUAAAUGCCAUGAUAAAGUAAUUUAAUUGCCAUAAUUACCACCUGGUGUGCUUUUUAAAAAUGUGCUCAGUGUUUGCUUAUAUCAGGGGUAGUCAACCUUUUUAUACCUACCGGCCACUAAUGCAUCUUUCUUGAUGGUAAAAUUUCCUUACCGCCCACCAGUGCUCAAUGGAUUCAGCUUGUGCUGUAGAACCCACCACCACCCACCUAGAAUCCUGAAACGCCCACUAGGGGGCAGUAGGGACCAGGUUGACAACCCCUGGCUUAUAGAGUGGCUAUCAAUGAAGGAGUGAGACCAUCCAGUUGUGACUAGACUUUUGCUCACAAAAAGUACAGCGUUUUUAUACUUUCUCUCUAGGCAUCUUGCCUCGCAGCUGGUCUCACUACACUGUGCCUGCUGGCAUGACGGUCAUCCAGUGGGUGUCUGACUUCAGUGAGCGCAUUAAGCAGCUACAGAGCAUCUCCCAGGCAGCUGCUGCAGGUGGAGCAAAAGAACUGAAGGUAGGCAAUAGAGUGUUUCGUAGUGGUUGAAUUCAGUACCAGUAAUGUGAGAAUACACAUGAGAUGAGUUUGAAUUCCUCUGACUUUUAUGUGAAAUAUGAAGACUACAUCAGGGGUGGAAAAGCAUGUUCCUUGGAGAAGAUAGAGGAUAAUAAAUACACUCUGCUGGUUGCUAGGGAAGCAGUGAAGCCCUGGUUCUGUAACCCCUCUACUGAUGAAGUCUCUUCCAUAGUUUUCCAAGCACCACUUUUUUAGUUAUGUACAAUGCUGUCACCAUAUGGAUCACAUCUCAUAUUCUCAUAAUGCUGUUUGAGAAGGGGUUGACUAUAGCAUAUCCUCAUUUUUAGCGUGCUGCUAAGGAAGUGUGGGUGUCUGUAUUUCCACUCACACAGAUCUGCUUAAAUCCAUGGGAUUUUGUGGGGCUGGUGAGGCCAGUAGCUUCUAGGGUCAGAGGGAAGGCAGAGUGUGCACCUAAAAUGAUUGGGCAAAGAGAGAUAAGAAUAAGUCUGUAUAUGACUCACUAGCAGGCCUGGGAGUCGAGAGUUUCUUCCUCCAACAGGCGCUGCUAGCAGAGGGACUCAGGAGCGACAGCAGUUUCACCAGUGGUAAUAUCACUGAGUGAAACCGCCAUCCCACUCUGCCCUCAUAUGACGGAGAGGGAGAAACAAGCUGUAUCAGAGAGGCAUUGAUACAGUCUGUUCCUCCCUCUGCAUCUUUAAUCUGCUCGACUGAGGAGUGUGCGGCUGCCCUUUGCCUCAGUCGAGCAGUUAAAGGAGCCCCGACGUCCUGUGCAUGAAUGUUGAGAGCACUGGGCCUGUCUCAGCUGGGGAGAGGAAGAAACCUAACCUCCCCUCCCCUCAGCAAACAAGCUGCAUUGUCCCAGCCUGCGAGCCUGAAACCGCCUCAGUUCUUGAGGUGAGAACAGGGGCAAUUUCACCUGGUGUCUUGCAGGCAGAGGCCAAUGCAUCUUGUUUUUUCAACAUCGCGGUAUAUCGCCAAACCAUGGUGUUUGGCUGGGGAUACACCGUGAUGUUGAAACACUAAUAUCGCCCAGCCCUGCUCACCAGGUCUUCACCUGCAGGCCUCUGGUACUGAUCCAAUGAAUCAAGUUGUGUCAAACAAACAGCUGUGGAUUUGCUUAACAGAACAUCCAUGUCUGCCUGGGAGGCCUAUUUGUACCUGAGGCCUACAUCACAGCUACAAGGCAGUACGUGGCUCAAGCCAACAGCUGGUCUCUUGAAGAACUCUGCCUAGAAGUCAACGUUACAACAACUCAGAACGCAGUGUUGGAUGCUUGCAGUUUUGGAGUAACAGGUUAGUUGGAGCAACCGUCUCAAGGGUGACAUUGAGGAAAUACUCUUCAUGCUGAAACGUUCCAGUUUCUUAAUGGGUGUAAAAGUUAACACAACAUACAGAGUAUACAGUGGCAAAGUAAUUUUGUGUGCAAAAUACCAUGAGGUUAGAUUGCACAUGAAUUCAGUUGUGCUGAAGUGGUGUUCCAUUGAGAUUUUGGGGGUAUGGGUGGCACAUCUGCAUCUUGCACCUCUUCAGGGGUCUUUAAUGGAGACAGGUGUGUGGCACAGUAGCUGUGGCAAAGAUUCCAGGUAUCUGCAGAUUCCUUUGACUUCAUGUAUGCAGUUAGGUGACAUUGCAUUCUGUCCGUGCCAAGAUCAGACAAAUUUCCAAGACUGCAUCUAGCUGCCAUGCAAGUAUGAAAUCCAGGCAUCCUGAAGUGAACACAUAAUCAUUGGAGGUUUUUUAAGCAGAGAUAGGGUGGCCAUCUGCCAUAGUUACUUUGGUUGAGAUGACUCUCGGGGUCCCUUCCAACUCUACAAUUCUAUGUACUUCACUUCUAAGGAGACUUUAUAUGAAAUGGUGAAUCCACAAAAUAACAGACUUAAAUACACUUCACGGCUGACAUUUAAACAUCCCUCUCUUUUUAACUCAAUAGGCCUGAAGCUUCAGGGAGCAACAUGCAAUAACAACAAGCUGUCGCUUUCCAAUGCUAUUUCAACGGUCUUGCCCAUAACUCAGCUUCGCUGGAUCAAACAGACAAAUGCUGAUAAAAAGUCUAAUGUGGUAAGUAAUGUGAUCUGUUGAGUCUCGUGCUUUUCAGUCGUACAUGCUGUUUAUGCUCUCCUCGUGAUUUACUUCCUCCUCUUCACCUUGUACUGAACCUGUUUGUUUUGCAGGUGACAUUACCUGUUUAUCUGAACUUCACUCGUGCUGAUCUGAUCUUCACGGUUGACUUUGAAAUCGCUACCAAGGAAGACCCUCGUAGCUUCUAUGAACGUGGCGUGGCUGUCCUGUGUACUGAGUAAAAAGGAACCUGUAACCAGCAUUCAAGCAUUUUUGCAUCUCGAAUCUAGUUCUAGAAGGCUGUUUUAACACUGCAAAGCAUAGUUAUGUUGUCAAAUGGUUAUGUAGAGGAGAGUAAGAGUGAUGUAUCUGAAACGUGCUUAGAUGUUGCCUGUUGGACUGCAAGGCAUAGUUAAGUUUUCAGAUGGCUGUAUAGAGGUGGCUAAGAAAGAUUUAUGUUUGAAAAGUACCUGGAAAGACUGUCAGAAGGAUUUGUUGUUUUUGGAUUGUUCUAGAUUGGUGUACUAAUGUCAGAUGCUUAAAUAAAACUUUACAGCACGAUU